CCUUUCUGGUCGUGCGUGUAUAUACGACCGGCUUCGUCGCUACCCUACCUGUCGAGUGCCCGUUAAAUGAACGGUUUGCUCCUAGUUUUGGAGUAGGUGAAGUGCUGUGGAUAGUGUGAUUUUAGUCAUACAAUCAUAUUGUGUAUCACUAGAAAAUUCUACUGUCGACGGCCUGUUGCGAAUUCCUCGGUGUAGUCUAACGGCUGUUCGCCUGACGGCGAGGGAAGGCGGACCGCUUCUACCGGGAGGAAUGAGCCCCGUACACCACCGCUCCCGCACUCACCGAUGAUCUCAAGAAACAAUGCAUAUAACCAACUUGCCACUCGUGGUUUGGACGCUCACAGUCUUAAUGACACAUGUAGCGACGCAAAGCCAGUAUGGAAUAGGUUUAGGCAUAAAACGAGAAGUAUUUUUCUUAAAUUUAGAAGACGGCUACUUUGGUUGUCAAGUAAACGAAUCAACACAAAUAUUACAAUUAUAUGAAUUAUCGAAAUUAUGCGAUGGAGUACCGGAUUGCUACAAGGCGUCCGACGAACUGAGAUCAGAGCUCAAAUGCACAGAUGACUGUACCAAAGAAGAUGGCGCACGUUGCAUAAACGGUGCGUGUCUAAACGGUGUGUGCCAUUGCAAUGAUGGUUUCGGCGGCUGCAACUGUCAGGAACCAGAUGUAAACGAAUGCAAGGACAGACCAUGUGAUGUGUUUGCGCACUGUACCAACACCGUGGGUAGCUUUCAAUGUUCAUGCUUCCCGGGAUACGAAGGCGAUGGUUUCACUUGUAGAGAUAUAAACGAAUGUGAAGAUCCAGCGAUAUCGUCGAGAUGUGUCAAGAAUGCAGAAUGUUGUAACUUACCAGCUCACUUUAUCUGCAAGUGUAACCGAGGCUUUGAAGGGGACGGGGAAGAAGAAUGUCGAGAUAUCGACGAGUGCCGACGACCCGGAGCCUGUGGAAGCAACACUGUUUGUCAAAACUACCCCGGCAACUACACAUGCGCCUGUCAAUCUGGUUAUACCGGAAAUCCAUUCGACGGCUGCGUGGACAUUGACGAAUGCGAAAACAAGGAGGCAUGUGGUACCGGCGCUGCCUGCCGCAACAUUGCCGGCGGCUACGAGUGCAGCUGUCCGCAAGGCUUCGAAGGCGAUCCUCGCGUCGGCUGCCACGACCUCGACGAAUGCGCUCGCGCAGAGUGUGGUCGCAACGCUCUAUGUGAAAACUUACCCGGCUCGCAUCGCUGUCUAUGUCCACCAGGUUUCCAAGGCAAUCCCGAAGUCGAGUGUAUCGACGUGGAUGAAUGUAGGAGUAGAGAAAAUAUGUGCGGCAAGCACGCCGUGUGUACGAACACGGUUGGCAGCUACGUUUGCACAUGUGAGCCGCAGUACACCGGCGACGCGCGCUCCCCCGACGGCUGCACAGAUGUUGAUGAGUGUUCUGUCCUCGAACAUCCUUGUGGCUCACAGGCUCUUUGUGAAAACGCUUCUCCCGGAUAUAACUGUGUAUGUCCACAAGGAUAUAGAGCCAAACCGGAUGCCAAAAUAGCUUGCGAGCAGGUCGAUGUAAACAUACUAUGUAAAUCAAACUUUGACUGCACAAAUAAUGCUGAAUGUAUUGACAAUCAAUGUUUUUGUAAAGAAGGAUUCAACGCCAAAGGAGCUGUCUGCAUCGAUGUUGAUGAAUGCUCAAACGUUACAAUUUGUGGAGAAAAUGGUUUAUGUGUCAAUACCCUCGGUGGAUAUAAAUGCGAAUGUGUCAAUGGAUUUGUUGGUUCGCCACCGAGAAUACCUUGUCGAGCGCCGUGUGAAGAUGUUGAAUGUGGCGAUCACUCGUAUUGUAAACCGAAUGGUAUAGAAGCUUAUUGCGUAUGUGAAGAAGGUUGGACAUUUAUUCCUACAGACGUUUCAGCCGGUUGUGUGGAUGUCGACGAAUGUGAUGCGUCCGUGGGACCGGUGGGACGCUGUGGACCUAACGCACGUUGUACAAAUACAUUAGGAAGUUAUUCUUGUCAAUGUCCUGAUGGAUUUUCUGGUGAUGCUUUUAAAGAAUGUUUCGAUGUUGACGAGUGUCAGGCGGAUGACGCUUGUGGAGCAAACGCUGAGUGCAUAAAUAAACUGGGUUCCUACGAUUGCGAAUGUCCUGAGGGUACUGUUCCUGACCCAGAUCCACGCGUGCGAUGUUCGGAAAUUCUGACAUGUAAAGGAGACAACGAUUGUCCUGGAAAUUCUAUUUGCGAUUCAAAUGCUAGAUGCGUAUGUCCUGAACCUAACGUCGGUAAUGAUUGUCGUCAUCCAUGUGAAAGUUUGCAAUGUGGUAGUAACUCUGAAUGUUUAUUAAAUGACCAGAUAGCGCAAUGCACAUGCCGCACUGGAUUCAAAGGAGAUCCCACCUCUCACCUAGGGUGUCAAGAUAUUAACGAAUGCGAUGCAAACCCUUGUGCGUUUGGGGCUGUGUGUAAAAAUCUUCCUGGGCAUUUUCAAUGUGAAUGCCCUGGUAGAUUUGUUGGUGAUCCUUAUGUCGAUGGAUGUGUUUCGAGUAAACAGCCGAUUGAAUGCAGUGACAUUAACCCGUGCCCCCAGGGCGAAACGUGUAUUACUCACGAUGGUGAAAACGUUUGUAUAUGUUCGCAAGGUUUCACACGCAACAAAGAAUCUGGGUUAUGUGAAGAUGUCAACGAAUGUACUUUAUACGGUCACUCGCCAUGUGGUUUUAACGCUAUUUGCAAAAAUUUACCGGGUAGCUAUGAGUGCAAGUGCCCUAUGGAGUAUAGUGGUAACCCCUAUACUCUUUGUGAACUAUGCGAUGACGUCAGUUGUAGAUGUCACCCACCAUAUAAAGUUGUCGAUAACAACUGCGUAUUGUCUGACUGUGCAAAAGGAAACACAUGUGGUAAAGGAGCAGAAUGCAUAAUUAUUUCCGAGACUGUAAGCUACUGUGCAUGUCCUUCUGGUUUCUCACAAACUAGUGAAGGUGCCUGUGAAGAUAUAAACGAAUGUUUAUCAGGCCAACCGGUCUGUGGUUUUGGUGCUGAAUGUAUUAACACUGAAGGCUCAUAUAAAUGCAAAUGUCCACCAGGUUAUGGCCAAGACCCCAUUUCUGGUCAUUGUACUAUAAACCAAAAGAGAUGUAUAAGCGAUUCCGACUGUUUCUCAAAUGAAAAAUGUAUACAACCUGGGCAGUGCAUUUGUCCACCACCUUUUUACUUAGACAUUGAGGAUGGGCAAAAAUGUAAAAGUCCUUGUGAACGAUUCAUUUGUGGCAUUAACGCAAAAUGUACUCCUAGCGAUCCUCCAAGAUGUAUGUGUAUGACAGGAUAUGAAGGAGACCCCUACACUGGCUGUACGAAUAGAAACGAAUGCCACAGCUCUCCUUGCGGAUACGGUGCCAUUUGUCAUGAUCAAAAAGGCGGAUAUCAGUGUGUAUGUCCUCCCAACAUGGUUGGGGAUCCUUACAAAUCAGGAUGUUCCUUUGGCAUAGGUCCAUCACAAAAACAAUUAUGUAGUUCCGAUAAUGAAUGUCCUAAUAACCUUGCUUGUUUAAACCGUACGUGUCUGUCUCCAUGCCUAAGCGUCACUUGCGGCGCCAAUGCUUUCUGCGAAGUAGAUGAUCACGCAGCCUGGUGCAGAUGUAAUCCAGGCUACACUAAACCUGAGGGUGGGAAAUGCAUAUCUGGUUGCGAUAAUUAUUCUUGUGGAACAGCAGCUCAAUGUAUAAUUUCGAAAAAUGGUCCCACAUGCGUGUGUCCAGAAGGAAUGGUUGGGAAUCCCUUCCCGGGGGGUGGUUGCAGAAGAGACGUAUGCGGCCCUGGAAUACCUUGUGAAGGCCCAUUCACGUGCCUCGCAGGAAGAUGUCGACAGCGCUGCGAAAAUGUUGUUUGUGGCGUUGGAGCGUCUUGCGACGAAGAGAGCGGCAGAUGUGUUUGUAAUGCAUUCUUUGUAGGAAAUCCCGAUUUACUUUGUAUGCCUCCUGUUGCUCCUCCCGCUUGUGAACCUGGUUGUAGUGAAAACGCUCAUUGCGUUUAUGGACCGAUCAAUUUAUGUAAAUGUGAUAAAGGAUACACUGGGAACCCUUACUCCAAAUGUUUACCGAGGAGACAAAUAACUUGCGCAAAAACUUCGUGUGGACAGAACGCCGUUUGUCAGCAAACUAAAUCACAUAUCGAGUGUCUAUGCCCUCCUGGUUAUAUCGGAAACCCAAAUCUACAAUGCAUUGAUAUCGAUGAAUGCCAAUCAAAACCGUGCGGUGAAAAUGCUAUUUGCAUAAACACUCCUGGUAGUUUCAGUUGCAUAUGCAAAAGCCAUCAUUUCGGCAAUCCAUACGAACUGUGUACACAAGUUGCAAUUUCUAAAUGUGUUGAUGGUAAUGGUUGCUCUUGUUCCCAAAAUAAUACUUGCCCGGAUGGCUAUUAUUGUGAAAAAUCUAUAUGCGUCGACAAAUGUCGCAAAACAGUAUGCAGUCAGAAUGCUAUUUGCGAAGAAGGUCAAUGCGUUUGUCUUCCAGGAUACAUUGGAAAUCCGAACGAUUUACAACAGGGCUGCACUUUUGACAGUAAGUGUGUAACUGACGGAGAUUGCAAAGAUACUGAAAUAUGCUUUCAAAUAAGCAGAAAUAUACGUAAAUGUGUCGACUCAUGCAGUAAAUUACAAUGUGGACCCAAUUCCCUAUGUGUUAGUGCGAAUCACCAGGCCCAUUGCAUUUGUACAGAAGGCUAUGUUGGGAAGCCUAAUGAUAUUAAAUCUGGUUGUCAUUUGCAACAAAAGCCAAAAGAAGUUGAAUGUAGCAUAAAUAGUGACUGCAAUGAGCCACAAGUUUGCGUGCCGGUUGGUGGAAUGAUGAAAUGUCUAGAUCUUUGCACCACUGUCGCUUGCAGCGCCGAUGAAAUCUGUAAUGUACUGAAUAAUACCGCACGUUGUGAUUGUAAAGAAGGAUAUUUGUGGAAUCCCAUCAGUUCCAAUUGUGAACAACCAUCGACACCAAGUUGUAGAAAUGAUAAUGAUUGUGAUGAAAAUAAGUCCUGUGAAAAAGACGUGCUCGGUGUUAAUAAAUGUGUAGAUAAUUGCUCAAUAUUUACAUGUCCACAAAAUUCGAAAUGUGUUACUAAAAAUCACAAAACGCAAUGCCAAUGUUUGGACGGCUAUAUAGGAAAUCCGAAUGAUCGCGACGGAUGUGUAGCGUUAGAUAAAAACCAAUGUACAGACGAUGUGCAAUGCAGAGAGAGUGAAAUAUGCAAAAAUAUCGGAAACGUAAAGAAAUGUGUGUCGGCUUGUCAACAAUUAGUUUGUGGACCAAAUGCGAUUUGCAUUACUAAUAAUCACGUAGCCAAGUGCCAAUGUCCCUCAGGACCCUUUACGGGUAAUGCUGACGACCUAGAGAAGGGAUGCCAAUCUGUUCCUUGUAUUUACAACGCUGAUUGCUUAUCACAUGAAUUGUGCAAUCGUUUGACAUACACUUGUGAUGGUGCAUGCCGAAAUGACUCAUGUGGCGACAACGCAGUUUGUAUAGCCGAAGGUCAUAAAAUUAUUUGUAUAUGCCCUAAUGGAUAUAAACCGGAUCCUAUUCCAGAGGUGAACUGUAGAAAAAUAGAGUUAUGUAAUCCUAACCCUUGCCAUCCUACAGCCGUAUGUGAACCGCGACUUUCAUCGUAUACCUGUAAAUGUCCAGUUGGAUUUAUCGGUGAUCCAAAGAAAACAGGUUGUAAAAAACAAAACCAAUGCAUAAACGGAGAUCAGGAUUGUCCCCCUGAAGCGACUUGCGUAAACAACCGGUGCGUUAAUCUAUGCGAUGGCGCAUGUGGUGUAAAUUCUUUAUGCAAAAUUAUCAAUAGAAAACCUAUUUGUACUUGUGCCAAUGGGUACGAAAAAUCUAAAAAUGAUAAUUCGUGCAAGAAAAAAAUAUUAUCAUGCCACAGUGAAAAUGAUUGUGAAGGAGAUACAUGCGUCAAUGGACAAUGUUUCGCAGCCUGUAAAAAUUCUAGUCACUGCGAUCCAGGUAAUGCGUGCAUUAAAAACUUGUGCAUAACACAAUGUAACACACAUACUCAGUGCGCGAUUGGACAAGCCUGUGUCGGAGGGCAAUGCCUAAUAGGAUGUAGAAGCAACGAUGAUUGCAUUGAAGAUGAGGCGUGCCUAAACAACAAAUGUGUAAACCCUUGCCUUGUUGCGAGAUCUUGUGGACCAAAUGCUAUUUGCUCUAGAGAAAAUCAUGCCGUUAAAUGUGAAUGCCCUCCUGGAUUUGAAGGAACACCAUUACCACAGCAAGGGUGUGUAAGAAAACCUUCUACUUGUUCUCGGACUUCAAAUUGUCCACCGGAUCAUAUGUGUAUAGGUAACUUGUGUCAAGUUCCUUGUCAAGAUAAUACUGGAUGUGCUAUUGGUGAAAAGUGUAACGAUAACAUAUGCCAUAAAAUAUGCCAUUCCAGUAGCAACUGCUUACACGGCGAACAUUGUAACUCCGGUAUCUGUAUUCCCGGUUGCAAAACUGAUUCAGACUGUCUUAAUAAUCAAAUUUGCCAAACGAAGGAAUGUUCAUGUACAUCUGGAUACAAAUUAGUUAAUAACGAAUGUGGAAAUAUAGAUGAAUGUGUCAAUAAUCCUUGUCACCCAUCAGCACAAUGUAUUGAUUCCCAAGGCUCAUUUAAGUGUGUAUGCCCGACGGGGUCUAUCGGUGAUCCAUAUCAGACUGGUUGCAUGUUGCCUAAUCAAUGCAGACGUGAUUUACAAUGCGAAGAUUCUCUUGCAUGUAUAAAAGGAAAGUGCUCCAACCCCUGUGAGAAUAAUGCCUGCGGAGUAAAUGCUGUUUGUUCAGUAAAUAGACAUCGUAUGACAUGCACCUGUGAAAAAGGUUACUUAGGUAAUCCGUUUGAUAAAAAAAUUGGAUGUUUCAAAGUUGAAUGUGUAGAUGACUUUGACUGCCCUACCGAUAAAAGAUGCAACACGAAAAACAACAAAUGUACUGAUCAAUGCGAUGAGCCUGCAUGUAUUGGUGGAUCGUGUAAAAUAGAAGAACAUAAAGAUUUGUGUAUAUGUGCUAAAGGAUUUGAGUUGUUAAAUGGUGCUUGUACAGAUAUUAACGAAUGCAAUAAUAAUCCAUGUCCACUAAACUCGGAUUGUAAAAAUAAUCCAGGUUCAUUUACAUGCAGUUGUGUAAAUGGCACAGUAUUAGAUGUUAGUAACGGUAACUGUAAAGUACCCGGUGAAUGUACAUCAGACGAUGAUUGUGCCGAUGCAACUAAAUGCGUCAAAGAUCAUUGUAUAGAUCCGUGCGAUGACUCACCGUGCGGUGAUAAUGCAAUAUGUGGUGUUGUUAAACAUCAACCAACUUGUGAAUGCCCACCUAACAGUCAAGGAGAUCCUUAUAAUAAAUGUACUAAGUUUGAGUGUACAAAAGAUGCAGAUUGUGCUUCUGAAGAAGCCUGUGUUAACAACAAAUGUAAAGAUUCUUGUAGUAUACCACGAGCAUGUGGCAGGAAUGCAGAUUGUUAUUCAAGAAAUCACAUUGGCCAUUGUACUUGUUCUUCGGGUUACACAGGAGAUCCAGUUCUUGGUUGUGUUCCACUUCAAUAUUGUGCUGAUGAUAGUAAAUGUUCUUCGGGCACGAAAUGUGUUGACAAUUUAUGCGUUGGUGUUUGCAAAAAUUCAAGAGAUUGUUUAGAUGGCCAAGUCUGUAUUCAAGACACAUGUCGAGUAACUUGUGCGACUAAUAAUACGUGUCCAGAAUCACAGUUUUGCCUUAAUAGUAUCUGCUCAAAAGAAAUUCAAUGCUUUUCCAAUGACAAUUGUAAUGAAGACGAACAAUGUGUUAUUAACAAUGAUGGAAUUGCACAGUGCGUCAACGUAUGUGAAAAUCAUCCCUGCGGAAGACAUGCUACAUGUCUAGGAAAAUCCCAUGAACCAACAUGUUUGUGCCAAAAAGAUUUCUUCGGCGAUCCUCUUCAAGGAUGUAAAAAGAGAGAAUGUACUAAAAAUUCAGAUUGCUCCGAUGAUAAAGUUUGCCAUGAAAAUAUGUGCAAAAUUGCUUGUUUGAUACACAAUGAUUGUGGAGAGAAUACUGUUUGUUCAUCUGAAAAGCAUACACAUACAUGUUAUUGUCAACCUGGAUUUACUGGCGAUCCUGUGAAAGGUUGCGCAGAAAUAAACUGGUGUGCUUCUAAUCCAUGUGGUAACGGAGCAGAAUGUCGGAAUACCAGAAAUCAAGCACAGUGUGUUUGUUCUACCGGAACAGUUGGAAAUGCAUAUGAAGAAGGAUGCCGUAAGGCUCCGGAGUGUAGAUUUAACAGAGAUUGUCCACCAGUAAGUCGGUGUACCGUUAUUGAUGGUACACGCAAAUGUACAGAUGCAUGCGACAGCGUAAAAUGUGGCCCUAACGCAGACUGUAUCGCUACCAGACAUACGGGUCAAUGCAAAUGUAAAAAUGGCUACGUAGGAAAUGGCGCAAGCGAAAAGGGUUGCCGUCUUCGCGAAGUUUCAUGUAGAAGUAAAACAGAUUGCGGCAAUGAUCAAUACUGUCAUAAAGGAUAUUGCAAAGGCCUGUGUUUGCUCGAUGAGGAAUGUAGAUCCAAUGAAAAAUGUAUAAAUGGACAAUGUUUAAAUCCCUGUCAAAUGGAGAAAACAUGUGGUCUUAAUGCAGUUUGCAGAACCGACAAUCAUAUAGUACAAUGUAGUUGUCCAAAUAGUUUUACCGGAAAUCAAGACGUCGAAUGUGUUCGAAUCCCAAGAUUGUGCGGCGCUGCUGAGGAGUGUGAUAAUGGAUUUAUGUGUCACAAUUCAAUGUGUGUCCCCCGAUGUAAAGGGGACGAAGAGUGUGCAUUGAAUGAAAGAUGUUCUAAAGGAGUCUGUCUAUUGACUUGUCGAGUUGAUAACGAUUGUUUCCUUGGGCACAUAUGUUUGGCAAACAAUUGUCAAUACGGUUGCAGACAUGAUGAAGAUUGUGGUCCUGAAGAAAUAUGCAAAAAUAACUAUUGCCAGAAUCCUUGUGCACAUGAUAACAAUCCUUGUGGUCCGAAUGCUUUAUGUUCUGUUGUGGAUAGAAAAGCUUCUUGUGCUUGCGUAGAUGGAUUAAUUCCAAACCCGACGCCUAACAUUGGUUGCGUCAGAACUCCUUCGGCAACUUGUCGCAUGCAUAAGGAUUGUAGUGCAGGAUGGCGAUGCGAAGACGAUCGUUGUCGACCGGCAUGUACAGUUGAUGGCUCAGAGUGCUUGCAAGGCGAACGAUGUGAUUCAGGAGUGUGUAGAUACGCUUGCACAUCAGAUGAGCACUGUACCGAUGAUGAAAUAUGUGAUGGUCGAUUAUGUGUAUUGGGAUGCAGAUCUAACUCUCAAUGUUCUAGUAACCUCGCCUGUAUAUCAGGCCAAUGCUUAGAUCCGUGUACCGAACCUGGUACGUGCGGCGCAAAUGCUUUAUGUGUAACUAAAGAGCAUCAACCAGUUUGCUCAUGUCCUCAGACAUUAUCAGGGGAUCCAAAAGCAGUAUGCAGAAGAUUAAGCUUACCUUGUGAUUCUGACAAAAACUGUCCAGACGGUCUCACUUGUUAUGGGGACACCUGUCAUCCCUCCUGUAGAAGUGACGGUGUUUGCUUAUCAAACGAAAAAUGCAUCAGAGGAAUUUGCAGGGUUGUAUGCAAUAGUGACGAUGGAUGCAAUGAUGGACAUAUAUGUGAGAACAGAAUAUGUAAGCAAGGUUGCCGCGAUGAAAGUGCCUGUAAUGAUGAUGAGGCAUGUAUAGGCGGUCAGUGUAAAAAUCCUUGUAAGGAUAGUAGAAGUUGUGGUAUUUGUGCUGAAUGCAAAGUUAUAAAUCAUCGUGCACAAUGUAGCUGCUCUAGUAAUUUUACAGGAAAUCCUUUAGUCGAAUGCAAAAAGAAAAAAAUUCUUUGUGACGGAUUAUGUCCCUGCGAUGAUAGUGGAUAUUGCAUUUCGCUUUGUGAAGACAAUUCUGAUUGCACUUGCAGUGAAAAAUGUUUCAAGGGUGGAUGUAGAUCAGUAUGUAAUAUUAGAAACAGGUGUCCAGAGAGACAAAUAUGCCUACAGGGUAUCUGUGUGCCUGGAUGUAAUAACGAUCGAGAUUGCGGUGACGAUAUGAUGUGCUCUUCGAAACAGUGCAUAUCAGUCUGUCGUGAGAAUUCCUGCGGCAAAAACGCACAGUGCAUAGCGACGCGACACAGAGCAAUUUGUAGUUGUGCCAGCGGAUUUUCGGGAGAUCCGUCAAAAGAAUGCAAAUCCUAUGAAUGUUUAAAGAACGCGGAUUGCGGUGCGGAUGAACAGUGCACCGCUGAGGGAAAAUGCAAGAACGUGUGUUUCGGCAACUGUGGCGUAAAUGCUAUAUGUCGUUCUGUGAAUAAAAUACCUCAGUGCUCCUGCCCUCCAAAUUAUGUAGGAAAUCCAAAAAUAGAAUGCUCCAAACCACCAGCAGGAAGCUGCUUACGUAACCCGUGUGGAGUUGAUGCCCGUUGCCGCGACCUCGACGAUGGCAGCUACGAGUGCACGUGCCCACCAGGCUGUGCUGGUAACCCGCAGCGACAAUGCUUCUGCGGAACCAUGGCACCGUGCGCCCGAAAGAGUUGCGGCGUUAAUGCCGAAUGUCGAAUAGGUUAUAACGGACAACCUCAUUGCUAUUGUCCUCGUAAUUACCCGAAUGGAGAUCCAAACAUAGAAUGUAUUCAGGAACGCAGUGUAGUUGAUUGUAGAACAACGGGAUGCGGAAUAAAUGGCGAAUGUCUAAGAGAAGGUGCUGAGUUUGUUUGUCGUUGCAUACCCGGCACGGAAGGACAAGCUGACAUCGAGUGUCACACCAGUAUCGAAUGCACGAGUGACAAGGAUUGCCCGGUAGACAAAGCGUGUUUGAGCUUACACUGCGUCGACCCCUGCACGAUACGAGGCGUGUGCGGUGAGGAUGCGCUCUGCGUGUCUGUCAUGCAUCGAGCCCAAUGUUCAUGUCCUCAAUGCUACGUCGGCCAACCGCGCCUCGCUUGCCGCCUCGACCCCACUUGUAAGCCGACAGCCGACAGCCUAAAUACGACUAUCACUUGUUCAGAAACCAAGCCAUGUCCACAAAAAUUGGCAUGCGAUACAAACACAAACCAAUGUCGUAAUCCUUGCUUGGAAUAUCAGGAUUGCAGACCAAAUCAGAAAUGUGAAGUAAGAAAUCAUCUGCCGGUUUGCGUAUGCCGUAAUGGUUUCGCGUUAAACGACAAAGGAGAACUUACAUGUGCACCUGAACACGCGGAAUGUACUAGAGACGAGCAAUGUCCAUCCAAUUCUGUUUGUCGCAAUACCAAAUGCGUAAAUCCAUGUUUAGCGUCUCGAGAACCAAUGUGUCCUCAAGGGAAACAGUGCGAAGUAGUAGAACAUCGAGUUAUGUGCGUGUGCGUUGAAGAAUGUCAUCCAUCCGUGUCGAUUUGCUUAAGAGACAAUGGAUGCCCACAUAACUUGGCUUGCAUAGAUUUUCAAUGUAAAGAUCCAUGUAAAGGUGCAUGUGGUGAUGCUCCAUGUUCGGUAGAAGAUCAUCACCCAGUUUGCAAGUUUUGUCCUAGUGGAUUUACUCACGACGAAAAGCAUGGCUGCAUUAAAGCUUUAGAAUGCGGAGCACACGAGCACUGCGCGGAGGGGCUGGCUUGCGUGAGCGGCCGAUGCGCGGACCCGUGCGCCCACGGCAGCCCCUGUACCUCCGGUCAGCGUUGUGCCGUCGUCAACCAUCAGCCUGUUUGCUCAAAGGUCUGCCAAUGCCAGACUGCAUCAGAUUGCGCAAGAUAUCCUAAUACGCGUUGUGAUGGAUGCGCCUGUGUUACAGAUACACCAACUACAAAUUGCGCGCACUGCCGGCCAGGUGUACCUUGCGAUCCAUUCUCGGGAGCCUGCAUGGAAAAUGAUCGCCCUAAAAAUGUCCCACUAAUACACUCCGACAUUACCACAACUGAUUUUACAUUGACAGAUUCAACUGUUGGACCAAUUCAAAAUACUGUAGUGACAUAUUCUGACUAUGACUCUUUCAAUACUAAGCAAACCACGACAGAUGAAAGUCAACCAAUAACAGAUUCCUAUACUUCACAAACUUUAAAAUAUUCCUUUGAUAUUGAUGAAGUAACUACUGAAUCAACUACUAAAAUUAUCGGUACUUCAUCAGAAUCAACACAUAGCGAUGAAAAUAUAGAUGUUUCGACUCUUAGAACUACCUUUGGUACUUACACGUUAAGUGGUGAGGGUGAAAAAAAUAAGACGAUAAAUUCACAAUACAAUAACACAGAACAAGAGAUAUCGGUUGCAACUACGGAACACGGGAGUCCUACGUAUGAUUACACCCUUCAUACAACACGGGCCAACGAAAUUACAAAAGAUACAUUAAGUGAAACAAUUAGCUCUACAACAGCUCAUGAACAAGAGCCACAGACGAUUUCUUAUACUGACAGUGAAAUAAUAAGUACAUUAACAACUGAGACACUCAAUACUAAUCUAAACGAUACAGUAAUCGAUGACAUAGAUGUUACAACACCGACAGUUUCUUCAUACACUGAAUAUAUCAACAAAUAUCAAUCAACUUUAGAUUCAGACGAACUAUUACAAGGCAGUAGUACAAUCCAUUCAGAGAGUACAGUAAAACCAAUGUCUUUGCGUACGGAAACAAAUGGAACAAGAAAACAAGCUGGUGAAAAACAUAAAACACCUGAAAAUCAGAGAAAGUUAAAUAAUAAUUAUACCGACGAUUCCUUCCAAAAACCCAUUGCUUCAACAAGUUUUAAUGAAGCAACGCCUACAUAUUUAAGUAAAACUACCAGUACUUAUAGUUCUGAUUCUAGCCUUAAAAUUACAACGGAACAACAUGUACUGACAUCAGAAUACACUAAAACAAGCCCAAGUAUACAUUUAACAAAUAUUACGAAAUCUCUAGAUGAUUUUGAAACCAGUUCUCCAAUUACAAUCAUAGCUAUGGACAAUAGCACAGUUACAACCCAGAUACCUUACGAACCUACAACUGUUCCGCCCAAGGAUGAAAAUAAAUCAACAUUGGUGAAAAAUAAUGAAUCUACAUCUUCGGAAAAUACGGACUUUGACAAUCUAGUAACGUUAACCCCAAAAGAAACUGAAUUUACUGAAUUACUAACAACUACUGCGGAUGAUAUAACAGCUACAACAUUUAUAGACACCGAAAAAAAGGUUACGGGGUCAAGCAUAAACUACUCCGAAACUACAAAAACGACUACUACACCUGUUACUGAAAGUGAUAGUUUUUAUAUGUCCUCUGAAACGGUACCAAAUUUAAAAAACACUGUUGAUGAUCAUAUAGACUUUACUCCAACAAUUACUGAGUUUACUAUCACGACUUCGCAAAAUGUUAAUAUGCAAAGUAAAAGUCAAGAAACAACUACACAAGCAUACACAUUCGAACCAACAAUAUCAACAGCGUAUAUUGAACAAACUACGUUCAAACAUGGAAAUGAGGAAAAAAGUACCAUAGCGGUAUCUACAGAGACGUUAAUUCCUACGCCGAAUAUUAAUGAAAUUAAUGAGAAUAAAGAGGAAUAUCCGACCACUUUGGGACUUGAUAAUAAAGCCACUAAUACUUUGGUGACAAACAUAAAUGAAGUCACUUAUAUGGAAACCAAAUCUGAGUUAGAUCAAAAAACUACACCAAGCUUCGACAUGAUUGAAAAGAAUAUCAUAGUAUCGUCUACAGAAAUAAUAAAUUCGACAACUACCAUUGUUUAUGAAAGCGAACAAUUUGGAACAAUACCGACGACAACUAAUUCUGAUAAUACUGAAAUUACUCAGCAAGUAACGGAUAGUCGAAACAAUAAAGUCAAUACACUUUAUGAUUAUGACAAAAGUGUAUCUAAGACUGACUUCACUUUUCCAAUAUCGGGAGAUACUACACCAUCUCCAUUAUUAAAUAAACUAACUGAUGAAACUAUAACUACUGAAUUACCUACUAAAGCAACCAUGGAAUUCGAGAGUACUGGAAAAAUACCAAAGGAAGACCAAUUUAAUACACCAACAGACUUCUCAGAUAUCCCCACUAGUCACCCAAAACAAGUACCCCUUCAUGAAACUACUUAUGAAUCUACUACACCUGCUCAUACACUUUACACAGAUACAGUUAAUAAUAAAGAAACAACAGUUUUUCGUACAAAUCCCUUAUAUAGUACUUUUAGAACAUUAGAAAAUACUGAAAUAACAGAAAGUUCCACUAGAGAGCCUAAUAACGACUUCGAAAAAACAUUAACACCCCCAAGCAAAGCUUUAAUCUCAGUGUUUGAUUACGUUACUCUCUCUACCGAAAUACCGUCUUCAACGUCAAUGGAACUUUUAACGACAACAGAUUCAACAGAGGGAGAAACGGCUGCAAAAUUAGAUGUUGAGAAAAGUUCUAAAACGACCUUAGGUACAUUUGAAAACAAUGAUAGUAUCACUGAGUUUUCAACACCGUCAUAUAUUACACCUGUUAAAGAAAGCUCGUCCUCAAACAUAUUAACAUCAAAUACCGAGACUACAACUAGUGUAUUUAUGCCGACAGAGAAUGUUUUUGAAAAAAUUACCGACGAAGUACUAUUAACAUCAACUACUAUUGAUUCAUCAACCGAUGAAAUGUAUCAUAAAAAUACAAAAUCAGGCGAAAUAACUGCUACUACUUUCAAUGAAUUCACAUAUGUUAACGACUUGCAAGAAACCACAAAUAAAAUUCAAACAUCGAUUAGUUCCACGCAAUCUUUGCCUUUUACAGACGAUCAAUCUAUAACAACGGGUAAUUAUGAAACUGCUUCACAGACUGCGUUUGCUACAAGUUUGGAAUUUAACAAAACAUAUUUAACUACAGUUGGGGUUCCUACAUCGUUUACAACUUCAGAUUUCGAUAGACUGCACGAUGAUAAGGCAAAUGAAACGAGAACAAAUACAACUUCUCUAAGUGACUUUUUAACUAAUACAGACUCAAGUAUUUUAAAAACAGAUAAAAAUUUGCCUACGGAUUCCUUCCAGCAAACGGAAAAUGAUUUCUUGACGUCAACUGAGGAAUUUACAACGGAUAAUACAAUAUUUACUCAAGGAUUUAAGGAAACAUCGAGUUCAAUGUACGAAGAUGUUUCGAGCACAUCGGCCUACGGCAUAUCGCAGGGUAGUAUCGAUGGCCAUUUGCUAGAAUCUACAACAUCCACAACGGUGAUAGCUACAGAUGAUAAAAGUACUUCAACAGACAAUGAACGAUUUAUGACCAUCAAUGUUGGAAUUGACAGUGGGGAUGAAAAAAUCUCAGAGGUAACGACUCCGAGAAAUUCGUUAGAAAGUACAACAAAUAUGUUUGUUACUGUUGACAGAGAAUUUGGUAAUGAAUUUAAUGUAAAUCAAGCUUCACCUGAAGAGAACAAGCAAACUACCUUUUUGCGAGAGGAUACUACUACUGUCACGCCAUUAGAAAAACAAAGUCAUUCAACUACAGACAGUGGAGUAGAGACAGAAUCAUCCCAAUAUUAUACACUAAAUUCAAUGGAUGUCGCAACACAAAUUACAGCAAGAAAUGCCAACAUAUCUACAACUAUCAACGUCGCCGAUAAUUUACUUACAAGAUCCACUUCUCCUUUAUCAUCUGAAUUUCAAACCGAAACUGUUUCACAUGAAAUAUUAAUAGAAAAAGAUAUUGCAUCUACGACUGAAAUAACUAACGAUAAAGAUACAUACUUAAGUGAAACGACCAAGUUGUCACCAACCGAAAACGAUUUCAAUGUUAAUGAAAUGUCUACAAUUGCUAACAACGAGAAACCAAAUAAAAAUGACAAACAGUAUGUAUCGACAACAGAGCCAACUUUCUAUGAUACAACAUCAAAAGACACUACACAUAAUAAACCUUUAUCUACCGAAAACUAUUUGUAUUUUGAGAAUACAGGAACAUUUAAAACAAAAACAGAAGACGUUACCGACACACCAACUACAAUAAAUCUAAGUACCUUCGUAUAUGAUAAGAAUAAUGCUGAAAAUUCAAAACAUAUUGGAAUGAGUUUUGAAUCGACUGUUGAAAAUAUCGCUACUUUGGCACCAGAAAAGGAUCACAAUAAAGUAGCAAGGCAAACUACUCCUACCGUACAUACUCAAACAUAUGGCAAUGGUCUAACAUCUGAUAAGUCAGAAAUAGAUAAAGAUGUUACACCAGCAAAAGAUCACAAGCAAAUUACUUUAAAUGGCAACUACUUAACUACAAGCCUUAAUGUUGAUCAAUUCACGGCUAAGGAUACCACAUUAUACGAAAUGGUAACUACACAAAGCAGUGACUCGGCGACUGAGACAAUUGAAACCCAAGCGACAACUGCAUCAUUUGAUCUGUCAAUUACAAAUACAGAACUCUCGCCAGUAACAUCAGCAGUACCACUUACAACACAGGAAAUGUUAACUAUAACAUCGGAACUUCUGUCUAUCACGUCUGGUAAUCAAGGUACAACAAAAGAGCUAUCGCAAACAGAAAUGUCAUACACUAUUUCAGACACCCCACCUCCAACUUCAGAACUGCCAAUUACAACAUCAGAACUUCAAAGUACAACUUCAAAUUUGCCGAAUACGAUAUCAAAUGUAAUAAACGAUACAUUAUCAGAACUACUGCCAUCAACAACAUUACCAAUAAUAACAUCAGAACUGCCAAUUACGACAUCAGAACUUUCACCUAUAACAUCAGAAUUUCAAACGACAACAUCAGAUCUGCCGAAUACAAUAUCAGAACUAUCAGUUACAAUGUCAGAACUCCCGAUUCCUACAUCGAGAUUGUCGAAUACAACACCAAAACUACAUCCUACAAUAUCAGAUCUACAGAAAACAGAAUUAUCGAGCACAAUACCAGAACUUACGACAUCGACAUUGGAUCAUCCAUCAACAAUAUCAGAACUUGCAACUGAAAAUUCAAAACAACCAAGUAUGACAUCAGAACACGUCACGGUAAGGUCAGAACAACCAAGUACAACAUCUGAAUUCGCACCGGCAACAUCGGUACAACCAAGUACAACACUAGAACUCGCGACCAAAACAUCGGAACAAUCAAAUACAAUAUCAGAACUCAUGUCAGCAACAUCAGAGCAGCCAAGUACAACAUCUGAAUUAGCAUCAGAAACAUCGGGACAAUCAAGUACAAUAUCUGAACUCGCGACGGCAACAUCGGAACAACCAAGUUCAACAUCUGAAUUCGCACCGGCAAUAUCGGUACCAUCAAGUACAAUAUCGGAACUUGCAACGGCAACAUCGGAACAAUCAAAUACAAUGUCAGAAUUCAUGUCGCCAACUCCAGAGCAACCAAGUACAACAUCUGAAUUAGCAAUAGAAACAAAGGGACAAUCAAGUACAAAAUCGGAAAUUGCGACGGCAACAUCAGAACAACCAAGUACAACAUUUGAAAUCGCACCGGCAACAUCGGUACUAAUAAGUACAAUAUCGGAACUCGGAACGGCAACAUCGGAACAACCAAAUACAAUACCAGAAUACGCCUCUACAAUAUCGGAACAACCAAGUACCUCAACAGAAUUCGAAUCUUCAACAACUGAAACUUACACUACAACGUUGGAAUUCCAGUCACACCAAAAAACUACAGAACCGCCCUUAACUACACCAGAGUCUCCCACAACACGUUUAUUAAAUGAAUAUCCUUCCACUCUAUCUCUUGAUAUAAAUACGUCAAUUGAAAAUUUAUCAUCACGUAGGAAAGACUUAGAUAUUCCCGCUUGGACCGACUCGACAAUGUAUAGUGAACAAACUUCAACAGAAACGACUAGUAUUUCUGACACGACUGACUUAACAUCUAACCCCCAAUGUAAAAUAAACACACAUUGUAUGACACACGAAAUGUGCUUGAACGGAGUAUGUCAAAACCCGUGCGAAGUGACGCCGAGACCGUGUACAGUGAACACUGCCUGUAAAGUUGUCAACCACGCAGCUGUUUGUAUAUGCGAUGAAGCCGCUGGAGACUUCUGUGCCAGAGCACCACCGGGGACACCAAAAACACCGGAGCCAUGUCAUUCGGAUCGUGACUGUAUAGAAUCGGAAGCCUGUUUUAUGGGAUGGUGCCAAAAUCCUUGUGAAUUUGAGAAAUGUGGCGUCGGUGCUAACUGCCAGACAAUAAAACAGAGGCCGAUGUGUUCUUGUCCAUCCGGAUUCGACGGAGAUCCUUCCGUUAAAUGUUCGCCUAAAAUAUUUGGUUGCACUCGCAAUGAAGACUGUUCUUUGACCGAGGCCUGUAUAAAUAACGCAUGUCAACACCCAUGUGCUAUACAUAAUCCCUGUGCACCUAACGCAGUCUGUAUAAACACAAACCACGGCUCCGAUUGCAGCUGCAUUGAAGGAUUCCAGGGCAAUGGAUAUGUUGGAUGUGUACCAGUACGUAAUCCUUCACAAUCAGUGUGUCAGUACAAUGAAGACUGUCCUCCAGAAUUGCUUUGCGAUAGAAUGAAUAGAGUUUGUAUAAAUCCCUGCGCUAUUAACAAAUGCGGUGACAAUGCCGAAUGUAUCCCGGAAAAUCACGGCGCACAGUGUCGAUGUGGAGCCGGCUACACAGGAAACCCCUUUUUAGAAUGCUAUAAAGUACAAGGAUGUCGUUCUGACAAUGAAUGCUUGAACUCCGAGGCGUGUAUUAACGGAAACUGUGGUUCUCCGUGUAAAUGUGGAGUAAACGCAGUGUGUGACGUCUUGAACCAUCGUGCGUCAUGCAAAUGCUUACCGGGAUACACCGGUAAUCCAGUUUUAGGCUGUGAACCACCAUUGAAUCCCUGUAUUCCUAACCCUUGUGGUAUAAAUGCAUUAUGUGAAAGUGACAAUGGCAAUCCUAUUUGUUUCUGUCCCAAAGGGUUGACUGGUAAUCCUUUCAAAAAUUGCAUACCUGAAGGAAAUGAAUGUGAACCUAAUCCCUGUGGUCCUAAUACUGGAUGUCGGCUGAUAGAUAGCAAACCAGCAUGCUUCUGUUUACCCAAUUACGAGGGCAAUCCUCCACGACAGCCGUGUAAACUCCCACAAAAUCCUUGCAAUCCAUCACCGUGUGGACCUAACACGCAAUGUACGGUUCUAGCGAAUGGAUUCUCUAAAUGUACUUGUUUACCAGGAUAUGUAGAAAGCCCAAAUACAGUAAGGGGAUGUAUCGAAGCGAGAAAUCCGUGCGAACCGAACAUGUGCGGCGAAGGCGCCCGAUGCGAUCCUAACAGAGUACCCGUUUGUUAUUGCCCAGAAAAUACAGUUGGUAAUCCAUAUAAAUCAUGUAAUCCUUAUAUCCAUUCGAAUAUUCUUUGUCAACCGGGACCUUGUGGAGAAAACGCAGAAUGCUACGUUGCUACAAAUCGGGAAAUGUGUUUCUGUAAAACUGGUUAUACUGGAGAUCCGUACAUCGGCUGCGAGCCUCAGAGGAGUCAAUGUAUACCGAACCCUUGUGGCCCUCGUGGUAUUUGUAGCACUAACUAUGAUGGCCAGGUCCUGUGUACUUGCGCUCCAGGAAGUACAGGAAAUCCCUACGGUUUGGAUGGCUGCGUGUCUCUUGAAUGUGAGGUCGAUGACGAGUGCGCGCCAAAUAAAGCUUGUAUUGGCUUCUCUUGCCACGAUCCAUGCCCUGGCGUAUGUGGAUUAAAUGCUAAAUGUCAUGUUGAAGGACAUCGUCCCGUUUGUAUUUGCGAAGAAGGCCUCAUUGGUAAUCCGCUAAUAUGUUGUUUACCACCCGAAGAUCAAAAGUCAUUCCAACCAUGUGACAGAGUACAGUGUGGAUUAAAUGCAAUUUGCCAAAAUGUCGGAGAUAAAGCUUUAUGCUCGUGUCCUCCCGAUUUAAUCGGUGACCCGACUGUCGAAUGCAAACCCGAAUGCUUAAUGAAUUCCGAUUGUCCAUCUCAUGAAGCAUGUCUUAAUCAAAGAUGCGUAGACCCAUGUACUUUCAAAAAUGUUUGCGGCAUGAACGCAUCAUGUGUAUGCACAGACCACACUGUAUCUUGCGUUUGCCCGGAUGGCUACAUCGGUGAUCCGAACAUACAAUGCGUCUAUCGCCCUAUUGUCAUUUCUCAAGAUAACACUACACUUACACCAUGUUCACCGAAUCCCUGCGAUUCAAAUGCAGUGUGUGAUCCAUACGGUGACCAGAUCGCAAUCUGUGUCCCAUGUGUGGGAUCUCAUGAUUUAAGCAAUCCAGCGUGUAGACCAGAAUGUGUCCUCAGUUCCGACUGCCAAUUUAACAAGGCUUGUUUGAGAAAUAAAUGUGUCGACCCAUGUCCUGGAUCAUGCGGCGUAAAUGCUGAUUGUUUCGUAUACCAUCACGAUCCUGUUUGCCGAUGUAGAGACGGUUUCGCAGGAAACCCGUAUGAACAUUGCAUAUCAACUACUAAUCCAACAGUACAUGAAACCUGUGAUCACAUUCGAUGCGGUGAUAACGCCAUAUGUCAAGAUUCAAAUGGCCUUCUCAGUUGUCAAUGUUUGCCAAACUUUUUUGGUAACCCUUAUCUGUCUUGCCGACCUGAAUGUGCAAUUAACAGCGAUUGUCCGACAAACGCGGCAUGUUUGAAUAACAAAUGUAAAUCACCUUGUAAGGACGUUUGUGGCACUGGCGCACUGUGUGAAACUAUCAACCACCAUGCCGUAUGUUACUGUCCACAGGGCCACACUGGUGAUCCGUAUGUUAGAUGUCAAAUUCCCGUAUCUGUGUCACCGCCAUUAUCUGUCUGUGAUCCUUCACCUUGUGGUCCAUAUAGUCGUUGUUUUGUGUCGCCAACUGGUUCCGCGGUGUGCUCAUGUUUACCCGGCCACGUCGGAAUGCCUCCAAUGUGUCAGCCAGAGUGCGUCGGAAAUUCCGAUUGUUCACAAGAAUUGACUUGUGUUAAUCAAAAAUGUAUCAAUCCUUGUCAGGGCAGCUGUGGUGUAGGCGCCACUUGUUUUGUAAUUAACCAUAAUCCACUAUGCACUUGUGACUCAGGAAAAACGGGAGAUCCAUUCCUUGCAUGUGGUGAUAUCAGUGAAGGCAAAACACCAUCAAAACCACCUCCAGGCGAUAAUCCUUGCUUACCUUCGCCUUGUGGGCCCAACUCUGUUUGCGAGAUAAAAUCCAAUCAUCCAGUUUGUUCAUGCCAGCCCAACUACUCUGGAACCCCGCCAUACUGUAGACCAGAAUGCAUAAUAAGCCAGGAAUGUCCAUCGAACCAAGCUUGUAUCAACGAAAAAUGUGUGGAUCCAUGCAAAAAUGCAUGCGGUAGUAAUGCUAAAUGCGACGUUGUAAAUCAUACACCACUGUGUAGUUGCUUAGAAGGCUUUAAGGGAGACGCCUUUAUUGGAUGUGUAACUGUACCAAAAGAAGAUGUAACACCAUGCAAUCCAUCACCUUGCGGAGAAAACACCUUAUGCACAGUGGUCGGAAAUACAGCUCGGUGCUCAUGCAUACCACCUAAUAUUGGAAAUCCUUAUGCGGGAGGCUGUCGACCAGAGUGUUCUAGAAAUUCCGAUUGUCCUAAUAACCUGGCGUGUCUGUCGAACCAUUGCCGAGAUCCUUGCAAGGAUUUAUGCGGAGUGAACACGGAGUGUUCUGUCACUAACCACGUUCCUGUGUGUACAUGCUUUAAAGGAUAUGAAGGCGAUCCAUUUUCUUCAUGUCGCCAAAUCGCUAAAACACCAGCGCCUUUAAAUCCGUGCCAACCGUCGCCGUGUGGUCCGAACAGCGAGUGUCACGUUGUGGGCGAGCGCGCGGCGUGUUCGUGCCGCGCCGGCUACCUGGGCACACCGCCCGCCUGCCGGCCCGAGUGCGCUGUUAGCUCCGACUGCCCCAUGGAGAGAGCUUGCAUCAACCACAAGUGCCAAGACCCGUGUGUCCACAGCUGCGGACUCGACGCCCGGUGUCAUGUCGUCGGACAUAAUCCAAUUUGUACUUGUCCCGAACAUUCCCCAGAAGGCGAUCCCUUUAUUCGAUGCUACAGGAAAAAUAUAACGAUGGCGCCACCUGAUCCAUGCUUGGCAUCGCCGUGCGGACCACACUCAACGUGCCGCAACGAGGCGGGCCGCGCGGUAUGCGCCUGCGAGGCCGGCACACUCGGUGCACCCCCGUCCUGUCGCCCGCAAUGUGUCAUAAACCAAGACUGCCCUCUCGCGCUCACCUGCCUUGGUGGCAAUUGUGUAAACCCUUGUGUCGGAUCGUGCGGCUUUAACGCUCGUUGCAGUGUACAAAACCACCAACCGAUCUGUUCCUGCGACGAGGGCUACUCGGGUGAUCCUUUCGCCGGUUGCAAUCAAAUCGAAAUCUCAAAAGAAUUGCCUCGUCAUCCUUGCAACCCGUCGCCUUGUGGACCUAAUGCGAUGUGUCGAGAAAAGAAUGGUGCUGGUUCAUGUACUUGUAUAGACGAUUUCCAUGGAGAUCCCUACUUAGGCUGUCGCCCAGAGUGUGUUAUGAACACUGACUGCGCUGUAGACACAUCCUGCUUCAAUAAUAAAUGUGUAGAUCCUUGCCCUGGAACUUGUGGGCAAAACGCUGUAUGUCGGGUUUCCAAUCAUGCACCUUCUUGUUACUGCUUACCUGGAUACAGUGGAAACCCUCUUCAUGCAUGUAUGCCUGUUACGACUUUCCCGGAAACGAUUGACCCUUGUCACCCUACACCUUGCGGACCUUAUAGUAAAUGUCGUACUUUUAACGGACACGCCGUUUGCACGUGUCUCGACAUAUGUGUCGGUGCACCGCCUAAUUGUCGGCCCGAAUGUAUCGUUAGUUCCGAUUGCCGACCGAAUAAGGCAUGCAUUAAGCAAAAAUGCCAAAAUCCUUGCGAGGGAAUGUGUGGACUUAAUGCAUUAUGUCAAGUUGUUAAUCAUAAUCCGAUAUGUUCGUGUCAAAAGGACUAUACCGGUGAUCCUUUCGUUCAUUGCUACUACGAAGAAAAACAAAUGAUACCCAUUGACAACUGUUCGCCAAAUCCUUGUGGGCCACAUUCACAAUGUAGAGACCAAAACGGAGUACCAGUUUGCUCUUGUCUAUCUAAUUAUGUAGGUCGACCUCCAAAUUGUAGACCCGAAUGUGUUAUUAGUGUCGAAUGUCCCGGAAAUUUAGCUUGUCUGUCAGAAAAAUGUAGUGAUCCAUGCCCAGGAUCUUGUGGUAAUCACGCUACAUGUGUAGUAAUUAAGCACGUCCCUAUAUGUACUUGUGAACACGGAUACACAGGAGAUCCAUUCGGAGGAUGUUCUCCAAUAUUACCGAUUGAAAUUCAACCGGAGAACCCAUGCUCAAGGUCUCCUUGUGGAACUAACGCAGUUUGUAAAGAAAGGAAUGGUGCGGGAUCGUGUUCCUGUCUUCCUGAAUAUUACGGAGAUCCCUAUGUGGAAUGCAGACCAGAAUGCGUUUUAAAUUCUGAUUGUCCAAAGAUCAAAGCUUGUGUUAAUAAUAAAUGCAAAGAUCCAUGCCCCGGGGUCUGUGGAAUGAAUGCCGAAUGUAAAGUAUACAACCACGCACCUUCUUGCGCGUGCUUACCAGGAUAUGAAGGAAAUCCAUUUACAUCUUGUUACCCAAGCGUUGACCACACAGUUGAUCCGUGUUCGCCCUCUCCAUGUGGGCCAUACAGUUUAUGUCGGGUAAACAGCGGUUACGCAGUAUGCUCGUGCCAGGAAGAUUACUAUGGUUCGCCACCUUUAUGUCGGCCCGAGUGUAUGGUCAGUAGCGAUUGUAUGCCAAAUAAGGCGUGCGUUAACCAAAAGUGUAUAGACCCCUGCAAUGGAGCGUGCGGCAAUAAUGCUAAGUGCAUGGUUGUGAACCAUAAUGCACUCUGUAGUUGUCCACAAAACUAUAUCGGUGAUCCAUUCGUCCAAUGUACCUAUGAUAAACGACCAGAACCAAAACCAUCAGGAAAUCCUUGCAUACCAUCACCGUGCGGACCUAAUUCUCAAUGUCGUGUAGUGGGCGAAACGCCAGCAUGCUCGUGUUUGAACGGCUACAUAGGGCGCGCUCCGAACUGCCGCCCUGAAUGUAUUUACGAUGAAGAAUGUCCAAGUAACCUGGCCUGUAUUCGUGAAAAGUGUAUGAGUCCAUGCGAAGGCUCCUGUGGAUCAAAUGCUGAAUGUGUAGUUAUUUCGCAUAAAGCAGUUUGUCAUUGUCGUGAAAGUUAUACCGGGGAUCCAUUUAAUGGUUGUUAUUUUGUAGUCGCAAUAGAAAACGAGGAAGAGGCAAAUCCAUGUAAUCCAUCUCCAUGUGGACCGAACGCAUUAUGCAAGGAAAAGAAUUCUGCCGGUUCAUGUAUUUGCCAGCCGGGAUAUCACGGAGACCCAUAUUUAGGAUGUCGGCCAGAAUGUGUCACUAACAAUGACUGUUCAGCUAACAGAGCGUGCGCAAAUAACAAAUGCGUAGAUCCUUGCCAAGGAGCGUGUGGAAUGAAUGCGCAAUGUCAUGUAGCUCAUCAUAAGCCUGUGUGCUUGUGUAUUAGUGGGUUUGAAGGAAAUCCGGUUGUUUCGUGCCAUCCUCAAAGAAGUCCUACUUUGGCUGACGAAAAUCCCUGCGUACCGACACCUUGUGGUCCGUACAGUCUCUGCAAAGUAAUAGAUAAUCACGGAGUAUGCUCUUGUCAAGAAGGCUAUGUAGGUUCACCGCCAACAUGUAGGCCGGAAUGCGUCACUAGUACGGACUGCCCGCAGCAUCAAGCGUGUAUGCAACAGAAAUGCAAGGAUCCAUGUCCGGGAACAUGUGGAGUUAAUGCGCGAUGCCAAGUUAUAAAUCACAAUCCUAUCUGUACAUGUAAAUCAGGAUUCACUGGUGAUCCUUUCGUUACUUGUCAGUUAGAGAAAAAACCUAUCUUUACGGGACCUAAAGGAAACCCUUGUCUACCUUCACCAUGCGGUCCAUACUCUCAGUGUAAAGUAACCGACGAUGCGCCUGCAUGUUCUUGCUUACCGAAUUAUGUUGGUAUUGCACCUAAUUGUAGACCUGAAUGUUCUAUCAAUGCCGAAUGCCCUGGUAAUCUUGCAUGCCAAAAUGAAAAAUGUGUAGAUCCAUGUCCGGGUUCAUGCGGUUUCAAUGCAGAAUGCUCUGUCGCCAAUCAUGUAGCCUUGUGCAAUUGUGUACCUGGACAUACAGGUGAUCCAUUCAGUGGAUGCUCCGUUAUAGAACAUAUUCCUGAACCGCCACCAAAUCCCUGUAAUCCUUCUCCGUGUGGCGCGAAUGCGAUUUGUAAAGAAAGAAAUGGAAUCGGUGCAUGUUCGUGCCUACCUGAAUAUUUUGGCGAUCCAUACACCGGAUGUCGACCAGAAUGUGUAUCAAACUCUGACUGCGACCGCAACAAGGCUUGCACUAACAACAGAUGCAAGGAUCCGUGCCCCGGUACUUGUGGUAUUAAUGCAGAAUGUAGGACCGUUAACCAUUCUCCAACGUGCACUUGCCUAAACGGGUAUACUGGGAAUCCGUUAGUAAAAUGCGAAAUGAACAAUGUCGAAAUGCCUCAAAUAGAUCCUUGUCAGCCAUCACCUUGUGGACCCAACAGCUUAUGUCGCGCCAUCAAUGGGCAUAGCGUUUGCACUUGCGAUAUUGGUUAUAUUGGCACCCCACCAUCUUGUCGUCCCGAAUGUAUUGUUAGUUCAGAAUGUCCUCAAGACAAGGCUUGCGUGAACAAAAAGUGCACAGACCCUUGCCCGAACACUUGUGGACUUAACGCUCGGUGCCAAGUCAUUACUCAUAAUCCUAUAUGUAGCUGCAUAACAGGUUACACUGGGGACCCAUUCACCGAAUGUGUUGAAGAGCCUAGACAAAUCGACCAUGUCAAUCCUUGCGUUCCCUCACCUUGUGGACCAAACUCAGAGUGUCGAGUUAUAAGUGAUCAAGCGGCCUGCUCUUGCUUACCAAACUACAUUGGAAGGGUACCAAAUUGCAGACCUGAAUGCACUAUAGAUGCAGAAUGCCCCAGUAACACGGCUUGUAUUAAUGAACGUUGCAAGGACCCUUGUCAAGGAGCAUGUGGCCGAAAUGCUCUUUGUUUGACUGUUAAUCAUAAACCAAUCUGUAGUUGUCAACAAGGAUAUACAGGAGACGCUAUCAAUACUUGUGUACAAAUUAUCGUAACUACAACGGAAAGAACAAGUCCUUGCACUCCCUCACCAUGUGGUCCAAACGCUGAGUGCCGUGAACACAACGAAGCCGGAGCAUGUUUUUGUUCCGAAGGCUACGAGGGUGACCCGUACAGUCCAUCCGGAUGCAGAAGGGAAUGCGAAAGUAAUGACGACUGUCCGUUAAACUUAGCCUGCACGAGAUUCAAAUGUAUUGACCCCUGUCCGAAAACGUGCGGUCAAUUGGCAGAGUGUACUGUAGAAAAACAUGUACCGGUUUGCACUUGUCCAUCCGAUCAUACUGGAGAUCCAUUCUUCCGAUGCCUUAGGAUAGUAACUGAACCUCCACCGCUAAAUCCUUGUGAGCCAACUCCUUGUGGACCAAACAGUCAAUGUAGACAAGUUAAUAUGCAAGCAGUUUGCUCAUGUCUUCCCAAUUACAUUGGAUCACCACCAUCAUGCAGACCACAAUGCGUGGUCAAUAGUGAAUGUGAUACGUCUAAAGCUUGCAUAAAUCAAAAAUGUGACGAUCCUUGUCCAAAUACGUGUGGAUUAAAGGCUCACUGUCUUGUCAAAAAUCAUAAUCCAAUAUGCACAUGUCCGGCAGGCAUGACUGGAGAUCCAUUUACCGUUUGCUACAAUAUUCCACCAACAACUGAAAGACCAUCUUGUACCCCAUCUCCGUGCGGACCACACUCGCGCUGUCAAUUAUUAGCAAGCGGACCGGCGUGCUCUUGCUUACCAGGUUAUGUGGGUUCUCCCCCAACUUGCCGUCCUGAGUGUACAAUCAACUCGGAAUGCCCAGCAUCGUUAGCAUGUGUGCGACAGAAAUGUGAAGACCCCUGUCCAGGUUCGUGUGGAGUGGAAGCAAAUUGUCACGUGUUGAACCAUGUCGCAGUAUGCGUUUGUAACGAAGGAUUUACAGGUGAUCCAUUCACAAGAUGCACACCUAUAAUUGAAGCACCAACAACAACUAGUCCUUCGGAUCCUUGUAAUCCAUCUCCUUGUGGACCUAACGCUCAUUGUGAUAAUGGAUUCUGUACAUGCAUACAAGAUUACAGCGGCAAUCCAUACGAGUCAUGCCGUCCAGAGUGUACUGGAAGUCAAGAGUGCCCUAGAGAUAAAGCCUGUUUCAGAAACAAGUGUAGAGAUCCAUGUCCUGGAGUGUGUGGGCAGAAUGCGAAAUGUGACGUUAUCAAUCAUAUACCAACCUGUUCUUGCAUUAGUGGACAUACUGGAAAUCCAUUUACACACUGCCAACCAGCAAAUCCUAUUGAACACGAUGAAAAUCCAUGCCAACCGUCGCCUUGUGGACCAAACAGUAUAUGCAGAAUAAAUGAUAACACAGCGGUUUGUGCUUGUGUAGAAGGUUUCCAAGGAUCACCACCAGCCUGUAGGCCAGAAUGUGUUGUUAGCUCUGAAUGUCCAGCCACCAAAGCUUGCGUUAAUCAAAAGUGUAUUAACCCUUGUAUUAAUGCCUGCGGUAUCUCCGCUCGUUGCGAAGUAAUUAAUCACAGUCCAAUAUGCAGUUGUAAUCCUGGCCAAACCGGAGAUCCAUUCAAGAGUUGUUAUGAUGAAAUGGUACCGACAAAACCCGUAGACGCUUGCAAUCCAUCACCGUGUGGACCUAAUUCACUAUGCGUCGAACGUAACGGCAAGGCUAAUUGCAGAUGCGUAGAAGACUACGUUGGACAGCCUCCAAAUUGUCGACCAGAGUGUGUUAUCAACCCAGAUUGCCCAUCAAAUCAAGCAUGCGUGAGAAAUAAAUGUAUCGACCCCUGCCCAGGAUCAUGUGGUGUUGACGCAGACUGUAUUAUAGUCAGCCACACAGUCUCGUGCACAUGUAGAGAAAAGUAUACAGGAAAUCCUUUCUUACAAUGUGUGCCUCAAAAUGAAGCUGUUGAAAAGCCAUGUGAUCCAUCACCGUGUGGCGCAAAUGCGAUUUGCACUCAAAGGGACACCGCUGGUGCAUGUUCUUGUUUAGAUGGAUUUUAUGGAAACCCCUACGAUGGCUGUCGCCCAGAGUGCGUUCUUAGUUCUGAUUGUUCUGCUGAUAAGGCCUGCAUUAAAAAUAAAUGCACAGACCCUUGCCCUGGUAUUUGUGGAUCCAAUGCCGAAUGUGCUGUAAUUAAUCACGUUCCAUCGUGUGCUUGUAUAAAGGGUUACUCUGGUAAUCCAUUCGUGCAAUGCAGUCCCCACAAACCGACACAAGAAAUCAGACCCUGUGAUCCCUCACCUUGUGGACCCAAUAGUAUAUGUCGUGAAAACGGUGAACUUGCGUCUUGCGAAUGUCUUCCUGAAUAUCGAGGGGCUCCUCCUGAUUGCCGACCAGAAUGCACAGUGAGCAGUGAAUGUCCAUCUGAUCGCGCAUGUCAUAAACUUAAGUGUGCGGACCCAUGCAGAGGAACUUGUGGCAUUGGCGCUCAUUGUCAAGUUAUAAAUCACAGUCCACUAUGCAGCUGUCCAGCCGGUACUAGCGGGGAUCCAUUUAGCAAGUGCUUAGAAAUAGAGAAAAGCGUGGUAGAGAAAGAUCAACCAUGUAAACCAAAUACAUGCGGUCCAUAUAGCGAGUGUCGGCCGGUUAACGAUCAACCUUCAUGUUCCUGCUUAUUUGGUUAUUUAGGCGCUCCCCCAAAUUGUCAUCCGGAAUGCCUGGUCAAUACAGAUUGUCCAUCACAAUUAGCUUGCAUAGCAGAGAAAUGCACCAAUCCUUGCGAAGGUUCCUGUGGGUACCGAGCGGAAUGUCGCGUUCACGAUCACAUCCCGAUUUGCAGCUGCCCCACGGGCUACUCUGGCGAUACUUUCAUUCAGUGUGCAGAAGUUAAAAUUGAAGAACUACCACCAGAAAACCCAUGCAACCCAUCACCAUGUGGAAGCAACUCACUGUGUGAAGAUGGAGUUUGCACAUGUGCCCCCGGUUACUUCGGGGAUCCGUAUCAGGGCUGCAGACUGGAGUGCAGUACCAACGGCGAAUGUUCACCUACCCGCUCUUGCCAAGGAGGAAAAUGUGUAGACCCGUGUCCCGGUGCUUGUGGAACGAAUGCUGUCUGUUCUGUGAAUAACCAUAUACCAUCAUGUUCAUGCCCGCCUAGUAUGUCUGGUGAUCCAUUUUCGUUCUGCACUGAAGUAGCUCAACCAGCAACACCUUGUUCACCGUCGCCUUGCGGACCAUACAGUGAAUGCACAGUGAGCAAUACCGGUGUCGCAGCAUGCUCGUGCCGAGCCGGCCACGUUGGUUCCCCGCCGUCUUGCCGGCCAGAAUGCCUGGUCAGCUCAGACUGCAAACUACAGCUAGCCUGUAUAGACCGCCGGUGCCGCGACCCCUGUGAGGGCGCCUGUGGCCGCGGAGCACGAUGCCAAGUUAUCGCACAUUCGCCCAUAUGUACUUGCAAUGACGGAUACACUGGAGAUCCAUUUACUUAUUGUUACCCAGAACCAUCUGUACCGUCUGGGCCCAUCGAUCCUUGUCAGCCAUCGCCAUGCGGACCGAAUUCGAUUUGUGUAAGUUCAGGAGAAAUGCCGGCGUGCAGUUGCCAGCCUAGUUUCAUUGGAACACCUCCAAACUGUAGGCCUGAGUGUACUAUAAGCGCAGAGUGUCCUGCCGCUCUCGCUUGUGUCGCACAACGGUGCAAAGACCCGUGCAUUCAGGCGUGUGGGCCCCGCGCUAUUUGCUCAGUAAUCGACCAUCGCGCGACUUGUGCCUGCGAGUCUGGCCUAGAAGGAAACCCAUUCCAGGGUUGUUCACAACCUAAAGCUCCACCAAAAACUGAAUACUUAAACCCAUGCGAUCCUUCGCCGUGCGGUCCGAAUGCUGAGUGCAGAGUACAAGAUAAUGCUGGAUCGUGCACGUGCAUACCUGAUUAUUUUGGUGAUCCGUACCAAGGAUGUAGACCGGAAUGUUUAGCAGAUUCAGAUUGUCCUCUGACAUCAGCUUGUAAUAAAAAUAAAUGUACGGAUCCAUGUCCAGGAGUGUGUGGACAAAAUGCAGACUGCUAUGUUACAAAUCACAAGCCCUUGUGCAAUUGUAGGACUGGAUACACUGGUAAUCCUCUUUCUAUGUGUACUCCUGUACCCGAGAGAGAUAUGUCAAUAACUGAUGUUUGCAAUCCAACCCCCUGUGGCGCUAACGCAAUGUGUAGGAAUAUAAAUAAUCAGCCAGUUUGUUCUUGCUUACCAAAUUACAUUGGAUCCCCACCAAAUUGCAAACCAGAAUGUGUAGUGAACUCCGAAUGCAAGCCAAACAAAGCUUGCAUCAAUCACAAAUGUACCAAUCCAUGUCCGGCUCCGUGCGGUCAAAAUACUGAAUGUAAAGUCAUAAAUCACAGUCCAGUAUGCUCUUGUGAAAGAGGGUAUUCCGGAGACCCUUUUACAAUUUGUAGUUUAGUUCUACAAACUGCUCCCAGUGUCUCCGCACCAUUAGACCCAUGCUUGCCCUCUCCUUGCGGUCUGUAUGCGAAUUGUCAGAACAACAAUGGAUUGCCAUCUUGCUCAUGCUUGCCAUCAUAUACUGGCUCUCCACCAUACUGUAAACCAGAAUGUGUCGUUCAUUCGGACUGUGCCAGUAAUUUAGCAUGCGUUGCGGAAAAAUGUAGAAAUCCAUGCGAGGGUUCAUGCGGAAUAUACGCUAAAUGUUUCGUCAAUAAUCAUAUCCCAGUGUGUCUAUGCCCCGAUGGAUUUAUGGGUGAUCCAUUUAGGGAAUGCAGGCCGAAACCACUUGAAGAUACCACACACCCUACAGUAAGAGAUCCAUGUCGUCCAAGCCCAUGUGGUUCGAACACUAUUUGCAGUAAUGGAGUUUGUUCCUGCGAAGAAGGUUAUCAUGGCGACCCAUACUUUGGCUGCCGACCUGAAUGCGUUUAUAAUUCUGACUGUCCACAAGAUAAAGGGUGUCAACGUAACAAAUGUGUGAAUCCCUGUACGGAUACUUGCGCUCCAAAUGCAAUCUGCGACGUUAUAAAUCACAUACCCAUGUGUUCUUGUCCAAAGGGAAUGAGUGGAAAUGCUUUCGUAGAAUGUAGACCAACACUUGUUGUUUCCCUAAACCCUUGCAACCCAUCACCGUGUGGACCUAAUAGCCAGUGCCAUCAAUCAAAUGGGCAAGCGGUGUGUUCUUGUAUACCAGGAUAUAAGGGUAGUCCACCGACGUGUAGACCAGAAUGUGUCGUGAGUCUCGAGUGUCCCCUGAAAGAAGCCUGUAAUAAUCAGAAAUGUGUCAAUCCUUGUAUCGGUGCGUGUGGAGCUGCAGCAGUGUGUGAUGUCAUCAACCACAAUCCAAUUUGCACGUGCCCACCAUCAUUCACUGGAGAUCCGUUCAUAAAAUGUACAAUUAUCGUUGAUACACCCGUCAGAGUAGACCCAUGUGAGCCUUCGCCAUGUGGGCCGAAUUCGAUAUGCAGAAUAAGUGGUGACAGCCCAAUAUGUGCAUGCAUGCCAAACUACAAGGGAUCACCUCCUAACUGCCGACCCGAAUGCGUUAGCAACAGUGAAUGUGAUAACCAUUUGGCAUGUGUAAAUCAAAAAUGUAACGACCCAUGUGUAGGAAGCUGCGGACCGAAUGCGGAAUGCAGAGUUGUCAGUCAUUCCCCGAUGUGCAUAUGUCAACAAGGCUACACCGGAGAUCCAUUUUCAUACUGUAACCUAAUGCCGGUAAUCGAAACCGAAAUUCUAAAUCCUUGCAGUCCUAGUCCUUGUGGAUCAAAUGCUAUUUGUAAGGAAAAGAACGGUGUCGGAGCUUGUACAUGUGCAGAGGGCUAUUCGGGUAAUCCCUAUGAAUCUUGCCGGCCUGAGUGCAUAGUCAACACCGAUUGCCCAUUAAAUAAAGCAUGCACAAGGAUGAAAUGUGUUGACCCAUGUCCCGGAACAUGCGGCUCUAAUGCUUUUUGCCAAGUGAAUAACCAUCUACCAAAUUGUAUAUGCCAACCCGGCUAUACAGGAAAUCCAUUCAGUCACUGUAUUGUUAUGGAAGAGCCUGAUAAUGUACCACAAAACCCAUGCAACCCUUCACCAUGCGGGGCAAAUAGUCAAUGUAAGGAAGUUAAUGGCCAAGCAGUAUGCUCAUGCUUAUUGAAUUUCGUCGGAUCUCCUCCAAACUGUCGACCGGAAUGUGUCGUAAGCUCAGAAUGUCCCGCUAAUUUGGCUUGUCUUAAUCAAAAAUGUUCGGACCCUUGUAUCGGCAGUUGCGGAGAAAAUACUAAUUGUAAUGUUAUCAAUCAUAGCCCAAUCUGCGUAUGCAAACAAGGUCUGACGGGAAAUCCAUUUACAAGAUGCUACCCCAUGAAAAUGUCUAAACCACCAAUGAGUUUGCCAAAACCAGAUCCAUGCUUGCCUUCUCCGUGCGGCGUGUAUGCUGAAUGCCGCAAUAUCGGUGAUGCGCCAUCUUGCGCUUGCAAGUCUGGUUAUGUUGGUAAUCCACCAAAUUGCAGACCGGAAUGCACACUGAAUUCUGAAUGUCCCGGCAACCAGGCGUGUAUUAACGAAAAGUGUCGCGAUCCCUGUCCCGGCGCUUGCGGUUUGAAUGCGCAAUGCAAUGUCUUCAAUCAUAUCGCUCAAUGUAGCUGCUGGGAACAAUACACUGGAGAUCCUUUUGUACAAUGUAAUUUUGAACCGGAAAGAGAUGAAGUAUACAGCGAAAUCGAUCCGUGCAAUCCAUCACCCUGUGGUCCUAACGCUGAAUGCCGCGAUGGCGAAUGCACUUGCUUACCUGAAUACCACGGCGAUCCGUACUUCGGUUGUCGACCGGAAUGUCUCAUAAGCAAUGACUGCCCACCCAAUAAAGCAUGUGCAAGAAAUAAAUGCAUAGACCCUUGUACAAAUUCGUGUGGAAAAGGAGCUAUCUGUAAUGUUUUCAAUCACAUACCAAUGUGUACUUGCCCAGAAAGGUACACGGGUAACGCAUUCCUUGAGUGUCGUCCCUUCGUUUCUGAAAUAAUAAAUCCUUGCAAUCCUAGCCCUUGUGGACCCAACAGUCAAUGUAGAGAAGUUAACGGCCAAGCAAUUUGCACUUGUCUAUCUGGAUAUCAUGGGGCACCACCGACAUGCAGACCGGAAUGUAUAUCUAGUUCUGAAUGUUCGCUUGAUAAAGCUUGUUCGAACCAACGUUGUAUUGAUCCAUGUAGAGGAAAUUGCGGAGCUGGCGCCGUUUGUCAAGUUAUCAAUCAUAAUCCUAUUUGUUCAUGUCCAUCUGGGUUAACAGGCGAUCCAUUCACGAGAUGUGUGUUACAAGCCACCGAAUUACCACCAUAUGUGAAUCCAUGCGAACCAUCACCUUGUGGACCAAAUUCAAUAUGUAAAGAAAUUAGUGGUUCGCCAUCAUGCGCUUGUCUCGAUGAAUACACGGGCAGUCCUCCGAAUUGUCGACCAGAAUGCAUAGCAAAUUCGGAAUGUCCUAAUCAACUGGCUUGCAUCAAUCAAAAAUGCAAAGACCCUUGCCCUGGAUCCUGCGGUAUCGCGGCGGAGUGCAGAGUUGUAAGCCAUUCACCACAAUGUUAUUGUCAGCCGGGUUAUACAGGAGAUGCAUUUAUUGAAUGUAAAAUCCUCGAUAUUCAACUAAGACCAUGUUCACCAUCACCGUGUGGGCCUAACGCCGUUUGCAAAGAAUUAAGAGAUGCUGGGUCUUGUGUGUGCUUACCGGAUCACAUAGGAAAUCCUUAUGAAGGUUGCCGUCCUGAGUGUGUCGUAAACUCAGAUUGUGCGAUCAAUUUGGCCUGUACACAGAACAAAUGUAAAAAUCCUUGCAUCAAUGUGUGCGGAAGAAAUGCAAUAUGCAAUGUUCAUAAUCAUGCGCCGAAAUGUGAAUGUUUACCGGGAAUGAAUGGAAAUCCAUAUCAAGAAUGCCGAGAAGUGAAAGAAAUGAUUCCGGUGCAAAAGGACCCAUGCACUCCAUCUCCUUGUGGUCCAAACAGUAUUUGUAAGGUAUCGAACAAUCAAGCUUUGUGCACAUGCCAACCCGAGUACUUAGGGUCACCGCCGUCGUGCAGACCCGAGUGUCUCGUUAGCUCAGAGUGUUCGCAGCAAACAGCGUGUAUAAAUCAGAAAUGCAAGAACCCAUGCGAAGGAGUUUGCGGACAAAACACAGAGUGCAGGGUUAUUAAUCAUAGUCCCGUAUGUUCAUGCCGACCGCAGUUCACAGGCGAUCCAUUCAGCCAUUGUUACAAGGUUAUCGAUGUAAUAACUGUGUCUACGAAUCCUUGUCUACCGUCGCCGUGUGGACCAUAUUCGGAAUGUCGCGAUGCCAACGGGUCGCCCUCUUGCUCUUGUUUGCCACGGUACACUGGAAGCCCACCAAACUGUCGUCCGGAAUGCACGCUCAACACGGACUGUCCUAGCGAUAAGGCCUGCAUCAACGAACAAUGCGUCGACCCGUGCCCUGGCGCCUGUGGAAUAAAUGCGGAAUGUAGAGUGCAAAGCCACGUUUCGAUAUGCACCUGCAUCACCGGCUACAUUGGAGAUCCAUUCACCAGCUGUUCGUUAAAACCUUUGAAAGAUGAGACUCCGAUAGAUCCUUGCAAUCCAACACCGUGUGGUUCGAACACGGAAUGCAAUAAUGGUGUUUGCACAUGUCUACCUGACUACCAUGGAGAUCCAUAUUUCGGUUGUCGACCGGAAUGUACCUCAAGUUCCGAGUGUCCAUUGGAUAAGGCGUGCGUGAAGCAGCGAUGUGUUGACCCUUGCGUUGGAACUUGUGGUACGGGAGCCAUAUGCGAAGUGGUCAAACACAUGGCUAUUUGUACUUGUCCUCCGAAAAUGACAGGAAACGCUUUCAUACAAUGUAAUCAAAUACAAGACGUUAUCCGUGGUAAUCCAUGUCAGCCUAGCCCUUGUGGACCCUACAGCCAGUGUCGAGUAUUCAACGAUCAAGCUGUUUGUUCUUGUUUGGGUGGAUACUUGGGUUCGCCUCCCGCCUGUCGACCAGAAUGCGUUGCCAGCUCCGACUGUCCAACAGAUAAAGCAUGUAGCAAUCAGAAAUGUAUCAACCCCUGUGUAGGGUCAUGCGGCGUCGCAGCAAAAUGUCAAGUUAUUAACCACAAUCCAAUAUGUACUUGCCCUACUGGACUUACUGGAGACCCUUUCACAAGAUGUAUUAGGAUGCCCGUAAUCGACGCCGUAGUGUCAACCAACCCAUGCCAGCCAUCGCCUUGUGGACCUAAUUCCGUUUGUCAACCGUCUGAAUCAGAUAUUCCAACGUGCCAGUGUAUGCCUGACUACCUCGGAUCUCCUCCAAAUUGCCGUCCCGAAUGUAUUUCAAACAGUGAAUGCGCUCAACAAAUGUCAUGUAUAAACCAAAAAUGUCAAAACCCGUGUCUACAAGCAUGCGGAAGUAACGCUGAAUGUAAAGUGGUAAGCCACACGCCGAUAUGUAUGUGUCCAGAAGGAUACACCGGUGAUGCAUCGGUACAAUGCUCUGUAAACACUUUAAUAGUCAAUGAGCCCAUAUCGCCUUGUGUUCCAUCACCAUGUGGCCCUAAUGCUGAAUGUAGAGAACGAUUUGGAGCAGGUGCUUGCUUCUGCGUAAACGGUUACUUCGGAAAUCCAUACGAGGGUUGUCAUCCCGAAUGCUUAGUAAAUUCAGACUGUCAAAGUAACAAAGCUUGCGUAAGGAAUAAAUGUAUCGACCCUUGCCCCGGAACUUGUGCUGUUAAUGCAGAUUGUCAAGUCGUAAACCACUCACCAUCGUGUACAUGUCGGCCAGAGUACACUGGCGAUCCUUUCAGACACUGCUUCGUCCAAAUUAAAGAAGUUAACAUCGAUCCAUGUCAGCCUUCGCCAUGCGGUCCUAAUAGUCAAUGUAAAGUUACAAACGGACAAAGUGUUUGCUCAUGUCUGCCUGAGUAUAGAGGCUCGCCUCCAAAUUGUAGACCGGAAUGUGUUGUAAGCACGGAGUGUUCGACUGAUAAAACUUGCAAGAACCAAAAAUGUGUCUCGCCGUGUCCCGGCCCUUGCGGUCAGAACACUGAUUGUAAAGUGAUUAACCACAGUCCAAUAUGCACGUGUAAAUUAAAAUAUACAGGGGAUCCUUUCUCCAACUGCUACAAGAUUACUGUUCCAAUUUCUGCAGUACCAGAAACAGAUCCUUGCGUACCUUCUCCCUGUGGUUUUAAUGCUCAAUGUCAAAAUUUACGAGGAGUACCGUCAUGUUCAUGUUUACCGGGCUUCGAAGGAAGUCCUCCAAACUGCCGACCGGAGUGCACAAUAAACGAAGAUUGUGCAAGUAAUCUUGCCUGCAUUAACCAAAAAUGUACCGAUCCAUGCAAAGGCUCUUGUGGAAUCAAUGCAAAUUGUCAUGUUAUGAAACAUGUAGCCGUAUGCACUUGUAACGAAGGUUUUACGGGUAACGCUUUCACCCAAUGCACAAUUAUGAAACAAAAAGACGAAAUCGAUCCAUGCAAUCCGUCGCCGUGUGGUCCAAAUGCGGAAUGCUUGAAUGGAAUUUGCACUUGCUUGCCUGAAUUCCAAGGAGAUCCUUAUAGCGGCUGCCGACCUGAAUGCUCCCAAAGUACAGAGUGCGAUCGAAACAAAGCCUGCAUCAGAAACAAAUGUGUUGAUCCUUGUCCCGGAACGUGUGCAGCUACCGCCGUCUGCAAUGUCGUCAAUCACAUUCCGAUGUGCAGUUGUCCUGAACGUAUGACAGGCAACGCAUUUAUAGAAUGUCGUCCAAUAACGGAUCCCAUCAGUAUAAAUCCGUGUCAGCCAUCUCCCUGCGGACCUAACAGCCAAUGCAGGAAUGUGAAUGGCCAAGCAGCUUGUUCGUGCGCUCCCAACAACAUUGGCGCACCGCCAACUUGUCGUCCCGAGUGCACCAUCAGUGCGGAGUGCCCCCUCGACCAGGCCUGUAGCAACCAGCGCUGCAUCAACCCUUGCAUCGGCGCAUGCGGACAAAACGCUGAAUGCAAAGUGGUUAACCACAAUCCUAUUUGCACAUGUCCUACAUCGUACUCUGGCGAUCCAUUUUCUCGGUGCUUCCGUCUCCCUGAAAAGUUACCUGAACCCAUUAAUGUUUGUACUCCAUCGCCAUGCGGGCCUUACUCAUUAUGUAAAGACGUCAAUGAAGUACCCACCUGUACAUGUUUGGAAGGCUACAGUGGUCAACCACCAUACUGUAGGCCAGAGUGUAGCAGCAACGAAGAGUGCCCAACUCAAUUGUCGUGUGUUAACAUGAAAUGUAAGAACCCAUGCGAGGGCACUUGCGGUACUAACGCUGAAUGUAAAGUUGUCAGUCAUUCGCCGAUCUGCUUCUGUUCUUACGGUUUCACUGGAGAUCCGUUCUUCGGUUGCGUGCCUGAACCUCUACAUACCGAACCUACAACGAGCCCUUGCUCCCCAUCACCUUGCGGUGCAAACGCCAUUUGCAAGGAGAAAAAUAACGCGGGUUCCUGCAGCUGUAUUGAGAAUCACAUCGGUAACCCAUACGAAGGUUGUCGACCGGAAUGCGUUGUGAACACCGACUGUGCAUCUAAUCUUGCCUGUGUCAACAAUAAGUGCGUCGACCCCUGUCCCGGAAGCUGCGGCAACAAUGCCGUCUGCCAAGUAGUCAACCACGCGCCUUUGUGUACUUGUAUCGAUGGAUACACUGGUGAUCCAUUUAAGUAUUGUACUUAUGAAGAGCCACGACCGAUAUCCAAACCUCUCGAUGCCUGCUACCCUUCACCAUGUGGCCCCAACAGCCAGUGCAAGGCAACGAAAGGUCAAGCCGUAUGCUCUUGCUUAGAAGACUACGUCGGCACCCCUCCUAACUGCCGACCAGAGUGCGUCACAAGCUCCGAAUGUGCUCACGACAAGGCUUGUGUCAACAAUAAAUGCAUUAACCCAUGUCCGAAGCCGUGCGGCUUGAACACCGACUGUAAAAUCAUUAACCAUAGUCCAAUAUGUUCGUGUAAGAAUUCAUACACUGGAGAUCCUUUCACAAUGUGCACCCCAAUAAGAUAUGAACCUCCACUAGCCACAAAUGUACCGUGUCAUCCGUCACCUUGUGGACCAAACUCUGAAUGUCGAAAUAUUGGAAAUAGCCCCUCAUGCUCAUGUUUAGCGGACUUCGUAGGUAGCCCGCCCAAUUGUAGACCGGAAUGUACGAUACAUUCCGAUUGUCCAAGCGACAGAGCUUGCAUAAAAUCUAAAUGUAAAGAUCCGUGCCCAGGUUCAUGUGGUUUAUCAGCUUCUUGCAGUGUACUAAAUCAUAUACCAAUAUGCACAUGCAUCGAAGGUUACAUUGGCGAUCCUUUCACAAGUUGUAGACUGAAGCCGCUUGAAGAGGAAGCGAGCACUGUUGACACAUGCACUAAUGUUCACUGUGGAUCUAAUGCAGAAUGCGUCAAUGGACAAUGUCAAUGUUUACCGGAGUAUCACGGUGAUCCAUAUUUCAACUGUCGACCGGAAUGUGUAUUCAGUACCGAUUGCGACAAGGACAAAGCUUGUAUUCAAAGAAAAUGUGUAGAUCCGUGCGUUGGUGCUUGUGGUCAAAACGCAAAUUGUCAGAUAGUCAAUCACAUACCAAUGUGUAGUUGCAACAUCGGAUUCACAGGGAAUGCUUUCGUUAUGUGUAAUCCAAUCAGAGUACAACAAUCUGAAAAUCCUUGCAACACAGCAAUUUGUGGUCCAAACAGCCAAUGCAGAGAAAUAAAUAAUCAAGCAGUUUGUUCGUGCCUGCCAACAUAUCUUGGUGCUCCACCAGCUUGUAGACCAGAAUGUGUUGUUAGUGCAGAAUGCCAACAAAACCAAGCAUGUACGAAUCAGAAGUGUGUUAACCCAUGUAUCGGAGCAUGUGGUUUGAGAGCUACUUGUGAAGUCAUUAACCACAAUCCUAUCUGUACGUGCCCAGUAGGCUUUUCUGGAGAUCCAUUUGUGGCAUGUACAUACAUUACAAGCGUUCCGCAAGUCAUCAACCCAUGUACGCCCUCACCGUGUGGUCCAAAUUCUAUCUGCAAAGAAAUGAAUGAAAGCCCAUCGUGCAUCUGCAUGCCCGAUUUCAAAGGACAGCCUCCAUAUUGUAGGCCGGAGUGCAUAAGCAACAGUGAAUGUUCCACUCAUUUAGCUUGUGUGAAUCAAAAAUGUAAAGACCCGUGUACAAGAGCAUGUGGCGCAAAUGCAGAAUGUCGUGUCGUGAGUCACUCCGCGAUGUGUAUUUGUCCUCAAGGAUAUGAAGGCGAUCCAUUCACGCAAUGCGUUCUACGAUCAGCUGUUGAAAUCUUAACACCGUGUCAACCUUCUCCGUGUGGGCCAAAUGCAAUUUGCAAAGAACAAAAUAAAGUCGGUUCAUGCACUUGCAAUGAAGGUUACUUUGGAAACCCGUAUGAAGGUUGUAGACCAGAGUGUGUGAGCAAUUCAGAUUGUCCUGGUGACCGAGCAUGUAUUGGUAACAAAUGUCAAGACCCAUGUCCAGGAACAUGCGGACUAUAUGCGGAUUGCAAUACGAUAAAUCACGCGCCAACUUGUACAUGCAACGUAGGAUAUACUGGAGAUCCGUUCCGACGAUGCCACGUUAUGCUCCAAGAGCCUGCUCCGGUAAAUGUAUGUUCUCCGAGUCCUUGUGGACCUAACAGCCAAUGCCGUGUUGUCAACGACCAAGCCGCUUGCAGCUGUUUGCCUGACUUUAUUGGACAACCACCCUUAUGCAAGCCCGAGUGUCUCCUUAACUCAGAUUGUGCUACCGACAAGGCUUGCAUCAACCAUAAGUGUAUAAAUCCUUGCCCUGGCCCGUGUGGGCAAAAGGCUGAAUGUCGGGUAUUCAAUCACAAUCCCAUUUGCAGUUGCGUUUCAGGAUUUACAGGCGAUCCGUUCACAAGAUGCUACUUGAAACCAACUUCUCAACCUGUCAUCGAUGAAACGAGAGACCCGUGUGUUCCAUCGCCUUGUGGAAUACACGCUAUGUGUAAAAAUUUCGGAGGCCAAGCGACAUGUUCAUGUUCUCCUGGUUAUUUUGGAAGUCCACCAAAUUGUAGACCCGAAUGCGUGACAAAUCAAGACUGUGUCAGUUCGUUGGCAUGUAUAAAUGAAAAAUGUGCCGAUCCCUGUCCUGGAUCUUGUGGUCAAAACGCUCAGUGCUCAGUAUUUAAACAUGUAGCUGUAUGCACGUGCCGAGAAGGCUAUAAAGGGGAUCCAUUUACUAUGUGUAAAAUCAAGCCGUUGGAAGAACCCAUCGUUGCUGAUCUUUGUAACCCGUCACCUUGUGGUUCGAACACGAAUUGUGAUAAUGGGCAAUGCUCUUGCCUACCAGAAUAUCACGGGGAUCCAUAUAUUGGUUGUCGGCCAGAAUGUACAGUCAGCUCAGAUUGUGAAAGGAGUCUUAUAUGUGUAAAUAAGAAAUGUAUUAAUCCAUGUCCCGAUACAUGUGGCUCAAAUGCGAUUUGUGAAGUCAUAAAUCAUGUACCAAUGUGUAGUUGCCCUAUAGGACAUACCGGAAAUUCAUUUGUUUCUUGCAAUAAAAUCCAAGCUCCACUGCCUACCAAUCCUUGUAACCCGACACCCUGUGGACCGAAUAGCCAAUGUCGUGAAAUUAACAACGUAGCAGUAUGCUCAUGUAUACCUGGAUAUUCAGGAAACCCACCGACAUGUAGACCGGAAUGUACAACAAGCUCCGAAUGCCCGCUCGACAAAGCAUGCAGUAACUAUAAAUGCACCAAUCCCUGCACAGGAUCCUGCGGAGUGAAUGCUCACUGUGAAGUUGUAAACCACAAUCCAAUAUGCUCAUGCCCUAAUGAUUUCACAGGCGAUCCAUUUAGUAGAUGUCUUCCAAGACCUCUAGAAUCACCACCUCAAAUUAAUCCUUGUGAACCUUCACCGUGUGGACCGAACUCCAUUUGUCAGACUCUUAAAGAUUCACCUUCCUGUUCUUGUAUGCCUGAAUUUAUCGGAGUACCGCCAAAUUGUAGGCCAGAAUGCACUAGUAAUAGCGAGUGUCCGAACCACAUGGCUUGCAUUAAAAAUAAAUGCGCAGACCCAUGCCAAGGUGCAUGCGGCUCAAAUGCACAAUGUAGAGUUGUAAGUCAUACGCCGAAUUGUAUAUGUCUGCCUGGAUACACAGGAGAUCCAUUUGUAAAUUGCAUUGAGAGUAAAUUCACACAAGAUAUCUUAUCACCGUGCACUCCUUCCCCUUGUGGUAGCAACGCUAUCUGCAAAGAAAAGAAUAAUAUUGGCUCAUGCGCAUGCUCUCCUGGCUAUUUCGGAAAUCCUUAUGAAGGCUGUCGUCCUGAAUGCAGUGUUAACACAGAUUGUCCGUCUGACAAGGUGUGCCAGCAGAACAAAUGUCACGAUCCUUGUCCUGGUACAUGCGGAUCUAACGCAGAAUGUCAUACCAUAAACCAUUCUCCCAUGUGCUCUUGCCUCCGGGGAUACACCGGUAAUCCAUUCCAAAAUUGUGUCAUUAUUCAAGAAAUUAAGGAACCAUCAAAUCCCUGCAGUCCUUCACCAUGCGGUCCGAAUAGUGAAUGCAAGGUGAUAAAUGAACAGGCUCUAUGUAAGUGUUUGAAAGAUUUCGAAGGCAGCCCACCAAACUGUAGACCCGAAUGCGUUGUCAGUGCCGAGUGCCCAACUAAUAAAGCCUGUGUAUCACAAAAAUGUAUCGAUCCUUGUGUAGGACAAUGCGGACAAAGUACAAAAUGUCAAGUCAUAAACCACAGUCCGAUAUGUACUUGCAUAGAACACUACACAGGUGAUCCCUUCAGUCGAUGCUAUCCAAUCAUUAUAAACGCUCCAUCAGAAGUUGAACAUCCGAAACAUCCAUGCCUACCAUCACCUUGUGGACCUUAUAGUGAGUGCAAAGAAGUCGGAAAUAUUCCAUCCUGCGUUUGUCUACCUAACUACAUCGGUUCACCGCCAGGCUGUCGUCCAGAGUGUUUAAUAAAUCCAGACUGUCCCAGCGACAUGGCUUGCAUCAAUCAAAAGUGUAGAGAUCCUUGUCCUGGUUCAUGUGGACUAAAUGCUCAGUGUAUUGUGAAAAAUCACAUGCCAAUAUGCACCUGUUUGGAUAAUUAUGCCGGAGAUGCAUUUGUCGAGUGCAAAUUAAAAGAAAUUACGCAUGACGAAAUCGACUUAUGUAAUCCAUCCCCUUGUGGUGCAAACGCUAUUUGUGACAACGGGCAAUGUUCUUGUCCUCCCGGAUACCAGAUGGGACCAUCAUUUGAUUGUCGUCCAGAAUGUGUUCUUAGCUCAGAUUGUCCACACGACAAAACGUGUCAUAAAAACAAGUGCGUUAAUCCAUGUAACAGCGGUGUGUGCGCCUCCAACGCAAUUUGCGAAGUAAUCAACCACGUGCCUAUGUGUAGAUGCCCAGAGCGCAUGGCGGGCAACGCUUUCGUUAUGUGUACUCAAAUUGAAGUUGAAAAGGCGCGGCCAUGUGAUCCAAAUCCUUGUGGACCAAACAGUCAGUGCAGAGAAAUAAACGGACAAGCGGUGUGCUCAUGUCUAGAUGGAUUUAUAGGCAGUCCCCCUUCAUGCAGGCCGGAAUGUGUAUUGAGUACCGAUUGCUCACCGGAUGAAGCAUGUAGUAACAGAAAAUGUAUUAAACCAUGUCAAGGCGCAUGUGGAGUAGAUGCGAAGUGCCAAGUAAUAAAUCACAACCCCAUCUGUUCAUGUCCACCCCAUUACACAGGCAAUCCUUUUGUACGAUGCAUCAAGAUAGAAUUUAAGCCAGAAAUCGUUAACCCCUGUACACCUUCACCAUGUGGUCCGAAUUCAUUGUGCAAGGAAAAAUUAGGUUCACCUUCAUGUUCUUGCCUCGAUGGUUUUGUAGGAGCACCACCUUAUUGCAAACCAGAGUGUAUUAGUAAUUCUGAAUGUCCAACCACUAAAGCUUGUAUAAACGAGAAAUGCGUUGAUCCUUGCGUGGGAACAUGUGGAUCUAAUACUAAAUGCCAUGUCAUUAGCCAUUCACCAUCAUGUGGCUGUCUGCCGGACUACACUGGAGACCCAUUCAGUGAAUGUUACAAGAUAGAAAUUAUUCAAGACAUUUUGACGCCUUGCCAACCGUCCCCAUGUGGGGCAAAUGCCAUUUGUAAAGAAUUUAAUGGCGCCGGAUCUUGUACCUGCAUAGAAAAUUUCAUAGGAAAUCCGUAUGAUGGGUGUCGUCCUGAAUGUAUUAUUAAUACCGAUUGUCCAUCAAACAAAGCCUGUCUCCAAAAUAAGUGUCAAGAUCCAUGUCCAGGCGCAUGCGGUUUGAAUGCUAUUUGUCAAGUAGUCAACCAUGCACCAUCAUGCUCAUGCUUAAGAAGUUAUACCGGCGAUCCGUUUAGACACUGCACACUGCAAGAAAUAGAAGAUAAACCGAUAAACGUUUGUCAACCUUCACCAUGUGGUCCAAAUAGUCGUUGCCAAGAAAUAAAUAACCAAGCAGUGUGUUCUUGCUUACCAAAUUACAUCGGCUCUCCACCCGGAUGUCAUCCGGAAUGCACAAUAAGUACGGAAUGUCCCAAAAACAAAGCAUGUGUUAAUCAGAAAUGUGAAGAUCCUUGUCGCGACGCAUGCGGAAUGAACACAGAAUGUCGCGUCAUCAACCACAGGCCCAUCUGCACUUGUGUAACACGAUACACUGGAGAUCCAUUCACACGAUGCCAUCCAAUGCCACCUCCUGUUGCUAACGCUGAAUUGGAACCAUACAAAAAUCCCUGCCUACCAUCGCCUUGCGGUCCAAAUUCUGUUUGCCAAGAAGUCGGUGAUAUACCAUCGUGCACUUGUAUGCCAAAUUACAUAGGAAGCCCCCCUAAUUGUCGACCAGAGUGUACACUUAAUUCCGACUGCCCUACUUCUCAAGCUUGUAUCCAUCAAAAGUGUCAAGAUCCUUGCCAAGGUUCUUGUGGUAUAAACGCUCUAUGUACAGUGUUCCGACACACACCGACUUGCAACUGUCCAGAAGGGUACACCGGUGAUGCAUUUACGGUUUGCAAUCCAAAAAUAACAAUGCCAUCAGAUGUAUUAGAUAAAUGCAAUCCAUCUCCAUGCGGAACUAACGCAAUUUGCAAUGAUGGUAUAUGCACAUGCAUUGAAGAGCAUCAAGGAGAUCCAUACGUAGGAUGCCGACCAGAAUGUGUACUAAGCAUUGACUGUCCAAAAGACAAGGCCUGUGUCAGAAAUAAGUGUAUGGAUCCUUGUGAAAAUACUUGCGCUUCAACAGCUAUUUGCGAAGUUAUUAAUCACGUGCCUAUGUGCAGCUGUCCUCAAGGAAAAACUGGAAACGCUUUCUAUAGUUGUGAUCCAAUAUCAGUGCCAGUUAUAACCAACCCGUGUCAUCCUUCGCCGUGUGGACCAAACAGUCAAUGCAGAGAAGUUAAUGGGCAGGCCGUGUGCACUUGCGUACCAGGAUACAUGGGCAGCCCACCCACAUGUCGACCGGAGUGCGUCGUAAGCUCAGACUGCCCGUCCAAUAGAGCCUGCAGUAACCAGAAAUGUAUUAAUCCAUGUUCAGGAUCAUGUGGAGUCGAAGCUAAAUGUGAAGUAAUUAAACAUAACCCCAUAUGUACUUGUCCACCUAAAUACACAGGAGAUCCUUUCGUCAGAUGCAUACCUUUCAGAACACCCAUGGCAGAUGUUACGCCAUGUUCACCAUCCCCAUGCGGACUUAAUGCAAUUUGUAAAGAAGUUGCCGGAUCUCCUUCCUGCGCUUGCUUGGACAACUUUUUUGGUUCACCUCCUUAUUGUCGUCCAGAAUGUUCUUCUAACAGUGAAUGUCCAUCUAGUCAAGCGUGUAUAAACCAAAAAUGUAAAGAUCCUUGUAUAUCGGCGUGCGGUGUAAAUGCACAAUGUAAAACGAUUAGUCACUCGCCAAUGUGCUUCUGUGAUUCCGGAUACACGGGAGAUCCGUUCACGAACUGCAGACGUGAAGAAGUAACAAUUGUAGAACAACCAACUCCUUGUACUCCAUCGCCAUGCGGACCUAACGCCGAAUGUAAAGAACGAAAUGCUGUCGGAUCCUGUAGUUGUCUACCUGAAUACAUCGGAAAUCCAUAUGAAGGUUGUCGUCCAGAAUGUACCAUUAACACCGAUUGUGUCCAAAACAAAGCUUGCAUUCGUAAUAAAUGUCAAGAUCCGUGCCCAGGAACUUGUGGACUUUUAGCUACAUGUAUAGUCGUCAACCAUUUACCAUCGUGCUCAUGUCCAAAUGGAUACACAGGAGAUCCAUAUCGCCAAUGUAAUGUACUAAAAGAAGCAUCACCAGCACCCUUGACACCUUGUGUGCCAAAUCCAUGUGGUCCAAAUAGUGUCUGUCGACCAGCGAACGGGCAAAGUGCAUGUUCAUGCAUGCCUGGGUAUAUAGGCUCUCCUCCAGGAUGUCGACCAGAAUGUACUAUUAGUUCAGAGUGUCCAUCAGACAAAGCAUGCGUAAAUCGUAAAUGUGUAAAUCCAUGUCCUAAUCAUUGUGGAACAAAUUCAAAUUGCAGGGUCAUAACCCAUAGCCCUAUUUGCUCUUGUGCCCCAGGAUUUACAGGAGAUCCAUUUACACGUUGUUAUAAGCCUGUUAUUGCAGAACAUACCCCAGAAAUUCAAAAGGAUCCUUGCUUACCAAAUCCCUGCGGUGAAAAUGCUCUUUGUCGAGACGUUAAUGGAUUCCCAUCGUGCAGUUGCAUGCCUGAGUUCCAAGGGCUGCCACCAAACUGCAGGCCAGAGUGCGCUAUAAAUGAAGAUUGCCCUUCAGAUAAAGCAUGCUUAAACAUGAAAUGCAAAGAUCCCUGUCCUGGAAGUUGUGGUCAAAACGCAGCGUGUUCUGUAUUUAAUCAUUUCCCCGCUUGUACGUGUUCUCAAGGCUACACGGGAGAUCCAUUCACACGAUGUUUUGUUAUUGAACAGAUUAACGAUGAGUUACCCUCUGAUCCAUGUAAUCCAUCACCAUGUGGUUUUAAUGCUUUGUGCUCAAAUGGUGUAUGCACGUGUAUGCCCGAAUAUCGAGGCGAUCCCUAUAUAGGAUGUAAGCCAGAAUGUGUAACAAACAUGGACUGUGCUUUAGACAAAGUAUGCUCUAGAAAUAAAUGUGUGAACCCUUGUCCUGGCACUUGUGCUUUUAAUGCAAUCUGCACGGUCUAUAAUCAUAUUCCUAUCUGUACCUGCCCAGAAAAUAUGUCUGGAAAUGCAUUUACCGAAUGUCAUGCUAUACAAGUUAUUGAAGUUCAACCCUGCAAUCCUAGUCCUUGUGGACCGAACAGCCAAUGCAGGCCGAUCAAUAACCAAGCCAUAUGUUCAUGUCUGCCUGCAUACAUCGGUAGUCCACCAUCUUGUAGGCCCGAAUGUACAAUUAGCGCAGAAUGUCCGCCGGACGAGGCUUGUAAUAACCAGAAAUGUAUAAAUCCUUGCAAGGGCAGCUGUGGUUACGGAGCAAGAUGUCAAGUAAUCAACCACAAUCCGAUUUGCUCUUGUCCAUCACAGUAUACAGGAGAUCCGUUCACACGCUGCAUUGCAAUAAUGUCUACGCCUCUACCGCCGAUAGACCCGUGUACACCAAGUCCCUGUGGUCCAUACUCUACGUGCAAAGUCAUCGGGGAGUCCCCGUCUUGCACCUGCCAACCAGAGUACAUCGGCUCGCCACCAAACUGCCAUCCGGAGUGCAAUAGUAAUUCAGAAUGCCCGACCAAUAUGGCGUGUGUCAACCAAAAAUGUAGAAAUCCUUGUCCUGGAAGUUGCGGUUACAACGCUGAUUGCAAGAUUGUCAGCCACGCUCUAAUAUGUUCCUGUCCCUAUGGUCAAACAGGAGAUCCACUAAUUUCUUGUAAUCCUAUUAAAGAUACUGUCAUAGAAUACAGUUCGCCGUGCGACCUUUCACCUUGCGGACUUAACGCCAUAUGCACUGAAAGAAAUGGAGCAGCAUCUUGCAAGUGCGUCGAUUCCUACGUCGGCAAUCCUUACGAGGGCUGUCGUCCAGAAUGUGUCAUUAAUAGCGAUUGUCCUCCUACAUUGGCUUGCGUUCAAAAUAAAUGUAAAGAUCCCUGCCCCGGUAUUUGCGCUCCCAACGGAAUUUGUCAAGUCAUCAACCAUCUUCCUUCAUGUUAUUGCCCACCUGGACUUACUGGAGAUGCUUAUUCGUAUUGCAAGCAAAUCGAAGAAGUCGAAAAAUCUACACCUUGCACGCCUUCACCCUGCGGUCCAAACAGUCAGUGUCGUGAAGUGAAUUCUCAAGCAGUCUGCAGUUGCCAGGUUGAUUUCAUUGGCAAUCCGCCAAAUUGUCGCCCUGAAUGUACCAUUAACAGCGAAUGCGCCAGCGACAAAGCCUGCAAAAACCGUAAAUGCGUCGACCCAUGCGUCAACCAAUGCGGUAGAAAUGCCAACUGCAGAGUGAUAGCUCAUAAUCCGAUAUGCUCAUGUCAAGAGCAGUUCACUGGAGAUCCUUUCACUUAUUGUAUGCCAUCCGUCGUAUCGGUCCCAACACAAGAUGUCAAUCCCUGCGUGCCUUCACCAUGUGGUCCAAACGCCCAGUGCCAGGAAUACAAAGGAAAUGCUCGUUGCACUUGUCUGCCAAACUAUAUCAGCACACCACCUCGGUGCAGACCGGAAUGUACAGUGAACAGUGAGUGCAGUGCGGUGACUGCCUGCAUCAACAACAAGUGUGCAGACCCCUGCCCCGGCGCGUGUGGUAACAACGCUCAAUGCAAUGUCAACAAUCAUAUGCCAAUUUGUUCUUGCGUCCCAGGCUAUACCGGCGAUCCCUUCAUAAACUGUAAUCCAAUGCCAUUAGAAACUGAACCCCUGGAUCCCUGCCACCCUUCACCUUGCGGUCCAAACGCGGAAUGUGAAAACGGUGUCUGCACAUGUUUGCCAGAAUACCACGGAGAUCCAUACUUCGGAUGCAAACCCGAAUGUGUUCUUAACUCGGAUUGUCCACGCGACAAGGCGUGCAUAAAGAAUAAGUGUCACAAUCCAUGCGUGGAUACAUGCGGGACGGAUGCUCUGUGUGAAGUCAUCAACCAUAUACCAAUGUGUUCUUGUCCACCAGGAACAACAGGUUCUCCGAUGUACUAUUGCACGAAAGUAAUAGAAACACCAAUAAAAGAAAGCUUAUGCGACCCGUCACCGUGUGGCCCAUACAGUCAGUGCCGAGAAGUGAACGGUCACGCCGUAUGCGUAUGCGUCCAAGGUUAUAAGGGAAGUCCACCGAACUGUAGACCCGAGUGCACCGUCAGCUCCGACUGCAAACUGAACGAAGCGUGCUCGAACCAAAAAUGCAUUGACCCUUGCCCCGGAGCUUGCGGUAGAAACACGCACUGUAUUGUCGUCAACCAUAAUCCAGUGUGCAGUUGCUUAUCCGGAUAUUCAGGAGAUCCAUUCUCAGUUUGCCAACCGAUCCCUGCGACACCACCGACUAUAAUAAAUCCGUGCCUACCCUCACCCUGCGGACCGAACUCACAAUGCAUAGAAAAUGGCGAAAAGGCUGAAUGUAAAUGUUUAUCAGACUUUAUUGGGUCACCGCCUCAAUGUCGUCCUGAAUGUACCAGUAACGCAGAAUGUGCAUCCACGAUGUCUUGUAUAAAUAAGAAGUGCAAAGACCCAUGUGUAGGCUCCUGUGGCGUUAAUUCAGAGUGCAGAGUAGUGAGUCACACGCCGAUAUGUUUAUGUCAAAACGGAUAUACAGGAGAUCCUUUCAUACAUUGUAGCAUUCAAGUAUCUUACUCAAUAGAAGAACGGCCAACACCUUGUGUGCCCUCUCCAUGUGGUACCAACGCCGAGUGUAAAGAACAAAACAAUGCCGGCUCCUGUACAUGUCAACCCGGCUAUUUCGGAGAUCCUUACGUGGCUUGUAAGCCGGAAUGCUUAAUCAAUUCUGAUUGUCCACCUAAUCUGGCAUGUUAUCAAAACAAAUGCCACGAUCCCUGUCCCGGUACAUGCGGUAUCAAUGCAAUAUGCAAUGUGGUCAACCAUUUACCUAGUUGUAGUUGCCUCGAGCAGCACUACGGCGAUCCGUAUAGAAUUUGUACGUUCAAAAUUUAUGAAAAUAAGACCGACCCUUGUAACCCAUCACCAUGUGGCCCUAAUAGCCAAUGCAGCAACAAAAAUGGAUUAGCGAUAUGCACUUGUUUAAGUGGUUAUCUGGGGUCGCCGCCCAGCUGCCGACCUGAAUGCUUAACGAGUUCCGAAUGUCCUCUCGAUAAAGCCUGCGACAACUUCAAAUGUAUAUCACCAUGUCCAAGAGGCUGCGGAGUAAACACAAAGUGCAGAGUCAUCAAACAUAACCCUAUCUGUUCUUGUAAACCUCAACAUACCGGAGAUCCUUUCUCUAUCUGUUAUCCUGUCGUUGAAGUAGAGUAUCAACAAAAUGAACCAAUCAACCCAUGUGUGCCUUCACCGUGUGGAUUAAACGCCGAAUGUCGCGACGUCGGCGGUAUACCUUCGUGCACGUGUCAAAUAGGAUACUUUGGAAGUCCACCAAACUGCAAACCAGAAUGUAUUACAAAUACCGACUGUAGCAACGACAAGGCCUGUAUCAAUAUGAAGUGUAUAAAUCCAUGCCAAGGUUCGUGCGGUAUUGACGCUGUAUGCAACGUAAUUAACCACGGACCUAUCUGUUCAUGUCCUGUCGGUUACCAAGGCAACCCAUUUGUAGCGUGCCACAUUAAAACACCAGAUGUAAUUGAAAAACUUGAUCCUUGCCAUCCGUCACCGUGUGGCUCCAACGCUGUAUGUAACAACGGCGUCUGUACUUGCCUUCCUGAUUACAAUGGAGAUCCUUACUUCGGCUGUCGACCCGAGUGUGUUCUAAGCACCGAUUGCCCGACCGACAAAGCUUGUAUGCAAUUCAAAUGCAAGAAUCCUUGCAACGAUAUGUGCGGAGAGAAUGCCGAAUGCAACGUUUACAAUCACGUGGCUGUGUGCAGUUGUCCAAGUGGCAUGACUGGAAAUGCGUUUUCGCGAUGCAUCAAAAUAGAGAAACCUGUAACAAGACCCUGCGAACCAUCUCCGUGUGGUCCAAACAGUGUGUGCAGAGAAGCGCAAGGUCAAGCUGUUUGCGCUUGUGUGACGGGUUACAUUGGAAAUCCACCUAAUUGUAGACCAGAGUGCAUCCAAAGCGCAGACUGUUCACCAUCACUGGCGUGCAUUAAUAGAAAGUGUCAAGAUCCCUGCCCAGGUUCAUGUGGACAUAACGCUAAGUGCAAAGUUCAUAAUCACAACCCUAUAUGCACAUGUCCACCUAAAUUGACUGGAUCUCCGUUUGAUCACUGUUAUGCUCCAGUAGUGGAAGAAUCGCCAACCAAUCCUUGCCUACCAAAUCCUUGCGGACCAAACAGCAUAUGUACAUCGGCGCCGAACAAAGACUCUCCGAUUUGCGCCUGCCAAACAACAUUCGAAGGCUCACCGCCGAAUUGUCGUCGAGAAUGUACCUCAAGCGAAGAUUGUUCUUACGACAAGGCCUGCAUAAAUUACAAAUGCAAAGAUCCCUGCCCAGGAUCGUGCGGUUCACAAGCAAUAUGCACCGUGCGCCUUCAUACCGUUAUGUGUUCUUGCGACGAAGGUUACACCGGUGAUCCUUUCACUUCUUGCGUCCAAAAAGUACACGAUAUUAUACCUUUGGAUCCUUGUGAACCUUCACCUUGCGGCCCGAACUCGCGUUGUAAAGUAUCAAGAAAUGGUGUCGCCGCAUGCGUUUGUGAUGAGGGCUACUUUGGAAAUCCCUAUGAAUCAUGUAGACCUGAAUGCGUUUUGGAUAACGAUUGUCCGUUCGACAAAGCUUGCCGUAACAAUAUGUGCCAGGAUCCGUGCCCCGGUGUAUGCGGUACAACGGCAACCUGCCAAGUUAUAAAUCAUUUGCCUUCCUGUAAUUGUGCGCCUGGGUACACUGGCAAUCCAUAUCAAUAUUGCCACAUCAUUAUAAAUGAACCAGAACCUACGCCCAAAAAUCCAUGUACACCUAACCCAUGUGGCAGUAAUUCUAUAUGCAAGAGCAACAACGGACUAGUCUCAUGCACAUGCGCCCCAGGAUUCUUUGGGACUCCACCAAGUUGCAGACCAGAGUGUAUCGUGAAUUCGGAGUGUGAAUCAUCCAAGAGUUGUGUUAACCAAAAAUGCAUCGAUCCCUGCAUCGGCGCGUGCGGACAGAACGCAGAAUGCAGAGUUAUCAACCAUGCACCAAUUUGUUCCUGUAGUCGGGAAUUUGAAGGAGAUCCGUUCAUUAGAUGCACUCCUAUUCGAAGCAUACCAUCGCCAGAAACAGAUCCGUGUACCCCAUCACCAUGCGGACCGAAUUCUCUAUGUCAAACAGUGAACAAAGUGCCAACAUGUACUUGCAUAGAAAACUUUAUCGGCACCCCGCCAAACUGCCGAGCGGAGUGUACUGUGAACUCAGAUUGUCCUAGCACCAUGGCAUGUAUAAACCAGCGAUGUCGCGAUCCGUGCCAAGGCUCGUGUGGCCUGAACACAGUAUGCCAAGUGCACCAACACGCCGCUAUCUGUAGCUGUAUGGAAGGUUACACCGGUAAUCCAUUCCAGAGCUGUUACGUCAAAGAAGUUAUAGAACACGUGCCUGAAAACUAUGACAAAUGCAAUCCAAACCCUUGCGGAGCCAACGCAGACUGUAACAAUGGACUGUGUACAUGUAAACCAAACUUCUUCGGUAACCCCUACAUGAGCUGUCGCCCCGAAUGCUCCCACAACUCAGACUGUGCACUCAAUCUGGUUUGCUUUAAUAAUAAAUGCAUUAAUCCUUGCAACAACCUCUGCGGCCAGGGCGCGCAGUGCGAAGUUUAUAAUCAUCUACCUAUGUGCUUCUGUCCACCGAACACAACUGGAAAUGCUUUCUUCUCUUGUACACCCGUCACAGUUCAACCGGAACGACGUAACCCUUGCGAGCCGUCACCGUGCGGUCCCUAUAGCACGUGUCGUACCGUCAACGAGCAGGUGACGUGCUCGUGUCUAAUAGGAUACGUAGGAGUACCACCUUCCUGCAGGCCUGAGUGUUUGGUCGACUCCGACUGUACCAGCCUGAAAUCAUGCUCAAACCAGAAAUGCAUUGACCCCUGCCUAGGAACGUGCGGCUUGAAUGCAGAAUGCAGGGUGCACUACCACAAGGCACUCUGUUACUGUCCGAAUGGUUACAGCGGCGAUCCAUUCACACAAUGCUUACUUAAAGUGCAAGAUGAAAUACCGGCCAAGAAAACUCCCUGUGUACCUUCACCUUGUGGUCCUAAUUCGAUAUGCAAAGCUGUAGGAGAUUCACCAUCGUGUUCGUGUCAGGCGGAUUACAUUGGCUCACCACCUUACUGCCGACCGGAGUGCGCAUCGAAUAGCGACUGCAGCUUUGACAAAUCUUGCAUAAACAACAGAUGCGCAGAUCCCUGUGUCGGUGCUUGUGGUAUCAAUGCUAUAUGCAGAGUCAUUAGCCAUUCGCCGCAGUGUAUAUGUGAAGGAAACUACGAAGGCGAUCCGUUUAAUCGUUGCUAUCCUAAGAAACCUUUGAACUUACCAUCGGAAUCGGACAAGCCAUGCUCACCGAACCCCUGUGGACCCAAUGCGAUAUGUCAGGAACGUAAUAAUGCCGCCAGCUGCACAUGUGUCACUGGAUACUUUGGUGAUCCCAACGAAGGUUGCAGACCUGAGUGCGUAAUUAAUUCUGAUUGUUCUGAUAAUCUCGCAUGUAUAAACAACAAAUGUAAAGACCCAUGUCCAGGUUUAUGUGGCACAAACGCCCAAUGCCAAAUGGUCAAUCACGUACCUAAAUGUAUUUGCAUACAUAGUUAUGUCGGUAAUCCCUAUGAUAUUUGCCGAAUUAUAAAAGAAACACCAUCUGAUCCUUGCAGCCCAUCGCCUUGUGGUCCUUAUAGCAUUUGUCAAGCUCGUGAUGAUAAAGCAAUAUGCUCUUGCCAACCCAAUUAUCUUGGUAAUCCACCUAAUUGUCGUCCAGAAUGUAUCACAAAUCCUGAAUGUCCACUUGACAAGGCUUGUGUAAAACAAAAGUGUAUAGACCCUUGCAUCGGAACAUGUGGAGAAAACGCACAGUGUCUUGUACACCAUCAUAGCCCGUACUGCACUUGUCUGGUUGGUUAUGAAGGAGAUCCAUUCUCUGUUUGCGUUAAAACUGCUGCUCCACCAGAUAACAAAAAUCCUUGUGAGCCUAACCCUUGCGGGCCCUACGCUACGUGCAAAGAUAUUGGUGGAACAGCAGUAUGCAGUUGCAAACUAGGUUACAUCGGUGUACCGCCAACUUGCGCUCCAGAAUGUACCAUUAACGAAGACUGUCCUAAAGAUAAAGCAUGUGUAAGAGAGAAAUGUCUUGAUCCUUGUAUUGGAUCAUGCGGCGUUAAUACUAACUGCCGUGCUAUGAACCAUCUUGCUAUUUGUACUUGUCUGCAUAAUUAUCGUGGUGAUCCAUUCGUAGGAUGCAGUGCUUACAAAGAAAUAGAGAAACUACCCCCGAUCAAUCCUUGCGCCGGUUCUCCUUGUGGCGUUAAUGCAAUAUGCAGCAAUGGAACUUGUUCUUGUAUUUCGGGAUACCACGGCAAUGCGUACGUCGAGUGCCGACCGGAAUGUACAGCCGACACCGAUUGUGAUAAACAACUAACGUGUAUAAAUUAUAAAUGCGUGAACCCAUGUAAAAACGCUUGUGGUAACGGCGCCGUUUGUAAUGUAUACAAUCACAUAGCGAUAUGUGAAUGCCCGGCUCCAUUGCGAGGAGAUCCCUUCCUUUCUUGUAGACCUGUUAUUGAAGCCACCGAAACGGACCCGUGCACACCGAAUCCUUGCGGACCUAACAGUGUAUGCCGGGCUAGUGGUACAGUGGCACAUUGCUCGUGUAAACCAGCCAUGUACGAGGAUCCGCCAAGCUGCCGGCCCGAGUGCCGUGCUAACUCCAAUUGCCCACCGGACCGUGCCUGCCGAAAUAACAAGUGUCACGACCCAUGUCCGGGUACCUGCGGUGCUCAUGCUGUAUGCCGCACCCGAAUGCACUCGCCAAUAUGCAGCUGUCCGGUCCGCUACACUGGCGAUCCAUUUACUCGUUGUUUACCAAUUGCGUUUGAUACGGAGUCGAAAAAUGUGUCACCUUGUCCAGACUGUGGUCCAAAUGCGGACUGUAUAGACGGGCAAUGUCGCUGCAAAGUCAACUUCUUCGGCGCACCACCGUUCUGUCGUCACGAAUGUCUCAGUUCCAGCGAUUGUGAUUGGCGGUUCUCCUGCCUUAAUAAGCGAUGUGUCGACCCUUGCCUCGGGGCGUGCGGUCAUGGUGCAGUCUGUAGCACCGUUGGACACAAUCCACGCUGCGAUUGCCCGCCGAAUACAACUGGAAACCCCAUUUUUGCAUGUCGACCCAUCGAAAUGAUUCAGAUUCCUCAAAACACGUCAUGCAAUCCGUCGCCUUGUGGACCCGGUGCUAUUUGUCAUAUCAAAGGAAACGCUGCAUCGUGUGAAUGUGAACCGGGACUCCGCGGAGACCCAUACUUCGGCUGCCGGCCAGAAUGUCUCUCCGAUUCCGAUUGCUCGCCGACAAGAGCAUGCAUGCGAUCCCACUGCCGGGACCCGUGCGAGGGCACCUGUGGCAUUGGAGCCGAGUGCGAAACCGUCAACCACAUACCGCUAUGCUCCUGCCCACCAGGCACCAGAGGCAACGCCUUUGUUAAAUGCGACCCUAUUCCAAUAGCAUUGCCAUGCACACCAUCGCCAUGCGGACCUGGUGCACUGUGUACCGUGUCCGGCAAGGCCGCCGUGUGCUCGUGUCCGAGUGGCACCAGCGGAGAUGCGGCCACCUCAGGCUGCCGACCGGAGUGUGUUGUCAGUUCGGAGUGCUCACGAGACCGAGCUUGCGUCCGCAACAAAUGUAUCGACCCGUGUGUCGGCGCCUGUGGAAAUGGUGCGACUUGCCGCGUCUUCGAUCAUGCACCGAUUUGCUCUUGCCCACCUCAGACUACAGGAGAUCCAUUCCUCAGUUGCAGAACGGUCUCGCCUUCAACGGUCGACCCGUGCGACCCCGAUCCUUGCGGACCACGAGGCACGUGCCGCGAGGGAGUGUGCACGUACUACGAAUGUACAGUUAAUGACGACUGCCCCGGAGACCGGUCUUGUAUUAACAGAAAGUGCGCAGACCCAUGCAUUAACGCUUGCGGUCUGAACGCGAUAUGUACAGGCAUUAGACACACCGCGGUAUGUUCAUGCCCGCCUGAUUACACCGGCUACGCUCUCGUCCGCUGCGAUCGUAUCACAAUACCGGAAGUGAAACCAAAACCAGAAUGCGAAAACGAUGACCAAUGUCCCGAUAAUGCAGCGUGCAUCGAUUUCCGAUGUGCAGCAAUAUGUGGCCCGAACAACUGCGGCCUGAACGCGCAGUGUAUUGCACGCCGGCACAGAGCCAGCUGUACUUGCUUGCCGGGCUACGAAGGUGACGCAUAUUCAGGAUGUUACUCCGUUCAGUGUCAUAGCAAUAACGACUGUCCCGACGAUGAGAGCUGUGAAAGCGGCUCAUGUAUCAAAGUAUGUUCGCGAUUACGCUGUGGAACUGAAGCUCACUGCGUGGCGCGGGGACACAGCGCGUCAUGCGAAUGUAAUCCGGGAGCGCAAGGAAACCCAUGGACCUCGUGCCGCAGAGACGAAUGUACAAUGGACGAAGACUGUCCGACAUGGCUGGCUUGCAGGGCGAAGACAUGCCAAGAUCCCUGCCCUGGAGCUUGCGCACAAGGAGCCCAUUGUACUGUCAUGCGACAUGCACCGAUUUGCGAAUGCCCACGAGGAACCCAAGGCAAUCCGAGAAUAAAAUGUGAACCUGUACAAAGAGACGUGGAGUGCGAAGGCGAUGCAGACUGCGGCCCCGACCUGGCGUGCUUACGCGGCGUUUGCCGGGACCCGUGCGACUCAACAUCAUGCGGCGCCGGCGCCAUCUGCCGCGUUGCCAACACUCUGCCCUUCCGCACUCUCAUCUGCCAAUGUCCUAAACCGCUUACUGGAGAUGCGUCCGUUCAAUGUGUACCAAGAGCACAAUGCGAACAAGACAGCGAAUGCAGCGACGAGGAGCGGUGCGCGAACGGGCGCUGCGUGGCAGUGUGCGACGAGCGCGCUUGCGGCGCGGGCGCAGAAUGCCGCGCGCAGACGCACCGCGCCCUCUGCCGCUGCGUGCCACCUCUGCAAGGCGACGCCAACGUAGCCUGCACUCCGGGAGUGGAAGGCGCUGGCUGCACAUCAGACACUGAGUGCGGCGCGGCAGAGGCAUGCGUGGCCCGGCGCUGCGUGGCGGCGUGCGCGGGCGCUUGCGGGCCCGGCGCGCUCUGCUCCGCGCCACAGCACCGCGCACGUUGCCACUGCCCACCGGGCACCGCCGGUGACCCUGCGCGCUUCUGUUACACCCCCGAAUGUACCACCGAUGAAAACUGUCCGUUUGACAAGAGCUGCGUGAGCGGCUACUGUCAGGACCCGUGCGCUCUCGGAUCUCCAUGCGGCCGCGAUGCCAUCUGCGUGGCCGUUGCCCAUGCAGCCACGUGCCGCUGCCCGCCGGGCACGCAAGGAGACCCCAGAGAUGCCUGCGUCACCGUCGCUUGCCACUACAACGAAGACUGUUCAGACCAUCAAAUAUGCAACCGGCUCAAUCACGUCUGCCAACCGGUGUGCACCGACAGUGCAUGCGCUCCGGGUGCCCUGUGUUCGGCCAGCAACCAUCAACCAACGUGCACUUGUCUCCCCGGCACCUCCGGAGACGCUUACGUUCGUGGAUGCGGAACAACUGUGUCUACGCCGGAAUGCUCCAAAGAUGUCGACUGUGCAUCGCCAUUAGCCUGUGUCAACUCACAGUGUAUAGAUUUGUGCCUGAGUAACCCUUGCGAUGAAGGACUAAUCUGCAAAACUGUGGACAUACUACCACUGAGAGCCGUGGCAUGCGUGUGUCCGGAGGGCGGCCGCGUGGCGCCCAAUAACGGGUGUCGGCCGCCGCCCGCUGCGGAGUGCUCCUCGGACGCUGAGUGCGGAGAUAGUGAGACGUGCCGGCGUGGCGGCUGCGUAGAGGCCUGUAGAGCCGCACCCUGCGGAUACAAUGCUCUCUGCGAAUCUAUUGACCACGUCUCUCGCUGCUCUUGUCCACCUGGAUACAUCGGAAACCCCAGAAUAGAAUGUAAUAGUGAACCAAGAAGACCUACCAUAGUUGAAUGUUAUAAGGACGACGAAUGUGGUUCGGAGCAAUCGUGUGUUGAACGCACCUGCAUCAAUCCAUGUGUGAAUGGUUGCGGCGUAGGUGCGUUAUGUCGCGUCAUCGACCAUAAACCGCAGUGCUCGUGCCCCAGAGAUUACACUGGAGAUGCCAACGCACGAUGCAUACCACCGUCGGACAAAUCUGUAUUACCGGUGGGCUGCAAAGCAAACUCGGAGUGCCCACUGUCACAAGCUUGCAUAAAUGGCGCAUGCGCUAGUCCAUGUGUUUGCGGCGACAACGCAGAAUGUGACGUCUUAAGGCAUCAUCCUGUUUGCUACUGCGCACCUGGGUUCUCAGGAAACCCUUACACUGGAUGUACCAAAGUUAGCUGCAGUUCCGAUAACGAAUGCCCCGAUAGUGACACAUGUUACAAUGGAGCUUGCGUUAACCCUUGUGUCCUUGAAGCGCCGUGCGCCAUCACCGCAGAAUGCUACGGACAAGCUCACCGACCCAACUGCCGCUGUCCGCCUAGAACUAUGGGAAAUCCUUACGACAAAUGUCAAUCGAGCGAAUGCGAGGCCGACACCGACUGCAACGACGACAGCGUUUGCGUGAAAGGAGUUUGUCACGACGCUUGCUCAGUCGAAGGUCGCAAUCCUUGCGCCAGUAAUGCAGAAUGUUACGCACGUAAUCACGCAGCGGCUUGUAAAUGCCCACCCACGCUUCCUCUUGGCGAUCCUUUGACUUACUGCCAGAGAAUUGUAAUCAUAGGAGAACCGGAAUGCCGAAUGGACGGAGACUGUCCCAGUGGUCACGCUUGUCUCAGAGAUAAAUGUCGUGAAGCUUGUUCCGAACUAAAACCAUGCGUCGGCAAUUCUCGAUGCUCAGUUUCAGACAGCGUACCAUUCCGUACCUUAAUAUGCCGCUGUCCAGAAGGAUACACACCGGAUGAAAGAGGUUCAUGCAAACCUGCACAACUGCCAUCCCUUAGUUGCUCGUCUGACCAGGACUGUAGCGACAGCGAAUCUUGCGUUAACAGAAUUUGUCGCAAUCCUUGCAGUUGUGGCGACAAUGCAGAAUGCUUCGUCCGAGAUCACAGACCUGUAUGUUCGUGUCGCGAAGGCUACGACGGCAAUCCCUACCUAUCAUGUCGCAUAGUGGGCUGUCGAACUGAUACUGAAUGUGAAUCGCAUCAAGCUUGCAUCAACGGAAACUGCAUAAGUCCAUGCUUGUCGAACAACACUUGUGGAACGAAUGCCGAAUGCUAUGUAGAAAGAAACCAACCUCUCUGCCGCUGCAGAUCUGGAUUCGAAGGCGACGCAUAUACAAACUGCAACCUUGUCGAAUGUAGAGCCAACGGUGACUGUCCACAGGACAAACAAUGUCACGCGCAUAGAUGUAUCGACCCUUGUCUUUCAGGAAGUAUUUGCGGAACAAAUGCCAUCUGCUUGGUAAGAAACCAUCUUGCAGUUUGUAAAUGCGACCAAGGUUACACCGGCAGCCCCUAUGUUGAAUGUCGACGAGAAUCUACGCCACUAUGCUUUGUAGACGCUGACUGCCCGUCAAGACUAGCCUGUUUAUCUUCUAGAUGUGUCAAUCCAUGCACAGAAUUACGUCCCUGCGCCACACCAGCGACUUGUGAGGUCUCCCCGACAUUACCCGUUCGCACUAUGCUCUGCACGUGCCCAGUGGGAUACGUAAGCAGCGGCGGUGGCGUUUGCCGACCGGCAACAUCGAUCACUGACAACGUCUGUGUUUUGGACAAUAAUUGUAGCGCAAAUCAUGCUUGCGUAAAUUCCUUGUGUAAAAACCCAUGCUCCUGUGGGCCGAACUCCGAUUGUAGAAUAAAAGAUCACAAGCCAGUAUGUGCUUGUCGACCAGGAUUUGUCGGCGACGCACGAACCGGUUGUUACGAAAUUACCUGUCGCGCCGACAACCAGUGUGCAGACGAUGAGACUUGUAUUAAUAACCGCUGUAUACCGGCGUGUUCGGUGGAUGCUAAUGUCUGUGGUCGCUCGGCGGAGUGUUACGGCAUAGACCAUCGUGCUUCCUGCCGCUGCAAAGUUGGAACUGUCGGCAAUCCAUCAGUCGCCUGCACUCCGAUAUCUUGCCGAGCCAAUAGCGAUUGUCCGGUCGAUAAAUCUUGUAUUAACUCUAAAUGCGUUGAACCUUGCUCGGAGACCUCUUGCAAUGAACCGGCCGAAUGUAGAGUGCAUCAACACGAAGUAUACUGCGUCUGUCCGCCGGGUUACCAGAGUGCAGACGACGGCUGCGUGAAGACCGGAACUCCGCAGUGUGCCACCGACGUUGAUUGCCCGUCAGGAUUAGCGUGCUUUAACACCACGUGCGUCAAUCCAUGCUCGAAGACAACACCAUGUGGUAAUAACGCAGAAUGUCAUGUAAUCAACACUCUUCCCGUAAGAACUAUGAUAUGCGCAUGCAAACCAGGAUACAAAGGAAAUGCGCUCAUCGAAUGUACACCAUAUUUAACACCUACAACAAAAUGCGUAGACGGCCAAGGAAUCAAUAGUAAUGGCGACUGUGAGCCUUGCAACGCAAACGAAGGACGAACAGUCGACGGUCGUGGUCGUUGCGUGUGUGACUGGGACAAGGGCUACACACCGCGCGGAAACACUUGCGUUGCCAUCGGGUGCCGCGCGGACGAGCAGUGCGACGACCAAUCGCGCUGCAUCAAUGGCGCCUGCGUUAACGCAUGCGAGGCGGAGCCCUGUGGCCAGCACACGACUUGCGAUGUCAUCGGACACCGCUCGCACUGCGCCUGCAUCCCCGGCUACGUCGGCAACCCAAGGGUUCAAUGUUACAAUGCGACCACUCCCCAAGACAAUUAUAGAACUGAUUUCCCACUUCCAGACAUGCAGGUUCACUGCCUGGCGGAUGGAGUUCGAGUCAGUCUUAAGAUCAAGGACUUUAACGGGGUGUUGUACGUGAAAGGCUACAGUAAGGACGAGAGGUGUAGACUGGUCGUGCAUACUCCAGAAAAUCAAGAGAGCACCGUGGACUUUACAGUCCACUUCGGCGAUUGCGGUUUGGUCCAUGUGAACGGUCUGGCAAGCUUUGUGCUGGUGAUGCAGAUACAUCCUACUUUGUUAACAUCCAACGCUAAGGCAUUCCACAUCAAAUGUAUCUACCAAACGGGCGAACAGAACGUGACGUUGGCUUUCAACGUAUCGAUGCUGACAACAGCGGGCACGAUAGCCAACACGGGUCCGCCGCCCACUUGCUCCAUGAGAAUCGUAUCCAGAUCUGGCGACGAAGUGAGCUCUGCCGAAAUUGGAGAGAACCUCGUCUUACAAGUGGAUGUUCAACCAUCAAGUAUAUACGGUGGGUUUGCACGAAGCUGUAUAGCGAAGACGAGUGAAGCAUCGACGAACAUAGAAAACGAAUACACCGUAACGGACGCGGACGGAUGCGCUACGGACGCCGCGAUCUUUGGAGAAUGGGAAAGAAGCGAGGACGGAAGCGCUUUAAGGGCAGCUUUCAACGCCUUCAAGUUCCCAAGUAGCGAUAAUAUUCGAUUCCAAUGUAAUAUACGUGUCUGCUUCGGAAAAUGUCAACCGGUUAACUGUCGCGGAUACGACGCUUUCGGAAAGCGUAGAAAACGAGAAGCAAUCGAUCCUAAGAAUGGCCUUAACGGAAACGAAGGUCAAUUCAGGGAGGAGGUGGUCGUCGAAUCGAAUCUGAUAUUGACGCUGGAAAGACGCGACCCGUCGCGAGUGGCCCGGCGGCGGGACGCUGGCAGCGAUAACGGCGCGGGCGGCGCGUCCGGCGGCGAGGUGUGCGUGUCGGCCGCCGGGCUAGCCGUGGCGCUGGCGCUGACGGCGCUGCUGGCGCUGGUGGCCGUAGCCGCAGCCGUGGCGUGCUGGUUGGUGGCGUGGCGCCGCGCGCGGCCUCCACCCGCGCCGCUGCCGCACCCGCCUGACUUCCCCAACCCGCUGUUCCAACGCUGAGCAGCUCGCUAGUCGCGCGCCCCGCUCCUCCGCCGGCGCCGGGCGGUGUCGGCUCUUCUUUCCUCUCGGCUUCAAUCUGUGCGCGCCGCCGGAGGACCGCCGGGCGAGGGCGCAGCGAGCGCCUCCCUCGCUCGCGCUCGCUGCGUCCUAUCUAGAAUUAUUUUUAUAUUUUACUUUAACUCUUUAACAUAGACUCGCCUCCUUCGAACUUUGUGAUAUUCAUGAUAUAAAUAUUCGAAAUCACCAUACCUUUAUGUAAUAUAACUAUUGACUGUAGUUUGUAAGCAAAUAAUAUUAAUAAAUAAUAAUGACAAUA